AUGGCCUGGCUGCUCCACAUCACCUGGAUCCUGGUCUGCUGCCUGCACCUGCUGCAGGGCAGAGCUUCAGGUAAGACUACCUGAGUCCUCCACCUGAACCCAUCCCUGUCUGCUAACCUUUAUCCAACUCUAUCUACCUGUCCACCUGUCCACUUGUCCACCCCUAUCUACUUGUCCACCUUUCCACCUCUAUCUUCCUGUCCACCCGUCCACCCCUAUCUACCUGUCCACCUAUCCACCUGUCCACCUCUAUCUACCUGUCCACCUAUCCACCUGUCCACCUGUCCAUGACCUUCUAGUCUGAGAACAAUUCCUCUGUACAGACAAACAUUUUCACUUAAUAUGAUUUUAAUCAAGCUUGGAGAUGAUGAUGAUGACAAUGAUAAUAAUUCUGAUAAUAAUUCUGAUUAUAUUGAUUACUAUUCUUACAAUUAUGCUGAUAAUGAUGCUGAUAUUGAUAAUGAUAAUGAUGAUAGUGAUAAUGAUAGUGAUAAUGAUAUUUAUAAUGAUGCAGAUAUUGAUAUUGAUAAUGAUACUGAUAAUGAUUAUGAUAAUGAUAUUGAUAAUGAUAUUGUUAAUGAUGCUGAUAUUGAUAAUGAUAUUGAUAAUGAUUAUGAUAUUGAUAAUGAUGCUGAUAAUGAUAUUCAUAAGGAUGCUGAUAAUGAUAAUGAUAAUAUUAUUGAUAAUGAUAUUGAUAAUGAAAAUGAUAUUGAUAAGAUCAGUAUAAAAAUUUGCUGAUGAUGUCACUGAUGAUGUCACAACUUUCUUUUGCUGUGUGCAGAGUACCAGCUGGAGUCAGAGACCCUCAGCCAAUGUGAGCUGCUUAGGGGUGUGGCUGUUGCCAAGCAACAAGGAGAUGUCCCUCACUGUACAGAGGAUGGCAGGUUCAGGUGAGAGCAGCAUAUUUACAGACUAUCAAAAUCAUUUAAGGGUCAUUCUGCUGUUUUAAAUGAAAGGUUCUCAGUAAUGAUGAUAUGAUACUAUCAGCAGCAGAUUUCUGUUGGUUUAAUUCCACUUUAUAACGUUUGCUAUAAAGUGGUUUUAUGGCUCCUCCAUCACAUUUCCUGGUGCUAAAAUCAGUCGUUUAUAAUGCUUUUAUAACUCGCUGUAUUGGCGGCUGUAACGCUCUUCUUCUACCAUAAAACAACAUCUACAUAUUCAGCUGCUGCAAAGACCAGGCAGCGAGCCCACAUUAAAGUAUCUGCAUUGCCUUCAGCAGCUUUUAGAAUUGAUUUAAGGUUCUUUAUUUAAAACUCUAAUCUUAUUUAUCAGAUUUUCUUUUACCACAUGAGCCUGUGAGAGCCUUUAGGUUUUUGUUAUGGUGUUAAAAGUCUAAACUGAGAAAGGCCUGCAGACCUGUGGGCGGCACAGAGUAUUCAUAAUCUCAAGGCUGAUCUUUUUUAGUCUGGUUUUAACUUUAAUUUCUUCUGCUUAUCUUAAAAUGCUCAGAUAUAUCAGUUUAAAUGUUGUGAUGGGGCACCGCUCUGUCACAGGAGUUAAAAUUACUUUAUUGUAUUUGAACCUGUGGUUAAACAAAAGAAGGUGGCCUUGAUUCCUGCUCUCCUAAAAAACAUGAAGACCCCAACCUGCAUUCUUGACCCUGUCCCAUUCACUUUCAUCAAACACUGUCUCCCUUCCAUAUCCCCCCUCAUCUCAUCCAUCAUCAACUCCUCCUUCAUCUACGGCUCCGUCCCACCAUCCCUCAAACUGGCCGCCAUCACCCCGAUCCUGAAAAAACCCGGCCUUGACCCCAACUUCCGCCCCAUUUCCAAUCUACCAUUCCUGUCAAAGAUCUUAGAACAUGCCGUCACCUCACAACUCACAGCCCACCUCCAAUCCAACAACCUGCUUGAACCAUUCCAAUCAGGAUUCCGCAACAAGCACAGCACAGAAACAGCACUGCUAAAAAUCACAAGUGACCUCCUGCUCGCCUCUGACUCUAACCAGCUAACCAUCCUCCUCCUUCUGGACCUGUCUGCUGCUUUCGACACCAUCAACCACUCCAUCCUCCUAAACCGUUUAUCAUCCGACCUCCACAUCACUGGCACCGCACUCUCAGGGAUCUCAUCAUACCUCUCCAACCUUCAUCCAUAUCAACCAGUGAUCCUCCUCCACCGCCCCACUCCCCCAAGGUAUCCCCCAGGCAUCCGUGCUUGGUCCCCUACUCUUCACCCUCUACCUACUCCCUCUCUGCAAUAUCACCUGGGAACAUGGACUCAACUUCCACUGCUACGCUGAUGACAUCCAGCGAUACAUCUCCUCCCGCUCCAUCUCCUCCACCACCCUUGCCACCGUCACCUCCUGCCUCAACGCAAUAAAAACCUGGUUGCAUCACAAUUUUCUCAAACAAUUUUUUCAUAUCACCCCCUCAUCACUCGUCUGCAACCUUGGAAUCCAUCUCGACCCCAACCUCACUUUUGACCACCAUAUCUCCCAACUUGUCCGCUCCGCCUUCCUUCACCUGAAAAACAUUGCAAGACUCCGCCCCUUUCUCUCCCAAUCUGCUGCCGAAACCUUAAUACACACUUUCAUCACCACCAGACUGGACUAUUGCAAUAGCCUUACAAUAGAUUACUAUUAUUAUUAUCAUCAUUAUUGAUAUUGGUAAUAUUAUUUAUGAUAAGUAGUAGCAGUUGUACUGUUAUAAUGAAUAUUAUUAGUUGUAGUAGUCGUAGAAGCGUUUUUGUUGUAAUCAUUGUUAUCAUUAUUAGACAAAAAUAUUGAUACAGUAUUUUAUAUAUCAGAGUUGUUUAUUUUUGUGUAUGCAUUUGUGUGUGUGUGUGUGUGUGUGUGUGUGUGUGUGUGUGUGUGUGUGUGUGUGUGUGUGUGUGUGUGCGCGUGUGUGUGUGUGCAGGCCUGUGCAGUGCAGUGGGCGGAGUCAGGAGUGUUGGUGCGUGGACGCUGAAGGUCAUGAGGUGGUUGAGACUCGAACCAACGGCUCUACUCCUCACUGUGAGAAACACACACACACUUGAACACAAACACACUUUCACACACACUUAAACACACACACUCUGUUCAAUAACUAGAUCACAGAACGGUCACAGCUGCUGGGUCCAUGUGUGGUUCCUGAUCCUGAAGGGCCUUGGACUACCAGUUCUGCUCCAGUCUGAUGUUUAGGAGGAGGAGCAGACGAACUGUUAGAGAGAAACUCUAUAUUUAUAUAUAAUCAAUAAGAUACGAGCUGGAACUGAAAUCAUCUGUGUCACCUGGAAGUCAAAACUCAGGGAUGUAAAGUCAGCCUCUGCUCCUGAGCUGAUACAGAGAACUGGAUCACUCAGGUGAUAUCUGCCUCACCUACUGCCUGACCCUAACCCUAACCUGUUGAACCUGUCUUCCUGUCCUUUUCAGGUGCGUCUCCCUGCCAGCUGCAGUCCGUUCUGCGUUGUUCUCCUUCAGGCCAGUUUGAGCCUGUUCAGUGUGACUCCAGCAGGGGGCAGUGUUGGUGCGUGGAUCAGGACGGGAUGGAGCUCUACGGGACCAGAGAGAGCGGGCGACCUGAGCGCUGUACGUAUAAACAGAACCUCACACUGACACCUACUGCUACCUGAGGUGAAUACAGCUCAGGUAGUUCGCUCACUACGCAUGUGGAGCUCAGGUGGAGCUCAGGUAACUCACUCACUUCUCAGUGUUGCUCAGGUGUGGCUGAGGGGUGGUUCAUGUGUUGCUUAGGUGUGGUUCAGGUGUGUCUCAGGUGUAGCUCAGGUGUGGCUCAGGUGUAGCUCAGGUGUGGUUCAGGUGUCUCUCAGGUGUGUCUCAGGUGAAGCUCAGGUGUGGCUCAGGUGUGGUUCAGGUGUAGUUCAGGUGUAUUUCAGGUGUGGUUCAGGUGUAGUUCAGGAGUAGGUCAAGUGUAGCUUAGGUGUAGCUCGGUUUUGUGUCAGGUGUAGCUCAGGUGUAAGUCAAGUGUAGCUCAGGUGUGUCUCACGUGUAGCUCAGGUGUGGCUCAGGUGUGGUUAAGGUGUGUCUCACAUUUGCCUCAGGUGCAGCUUAGGUGCGUCUCUGGUGUGGCUCAGGUGUGUAGCUCAGGUGUGGCUUAAGAGUCGCUCAAGUGCGUCUCAGGUGUGUCUCAGGUGUAGCUCAGAUCUGUCUCUGGUGUUGCAUAGGUGUGACUCAGGUAUGAUUCAAGUGUUUAGCUCAUGUGUGUCUCAGGUGUGGUUAAGGUGUGUCUCAGGUGUGGCUGAGGUAAAGACUUUAAUCUUCUACCUGAAGAACUCCUCUGAUUGGCUCUCACAGCACUGACUAUUAUGAGAUUCAACCUCACCAGGUGACCUUUGAUCUUCAGGUCCUGGCAGCUGUGAGGUGAGGUCACGGCGUCUCCUCCACGGCACCGGCUCGCUCUCUCCUCCUCAGUGCAGCGAAGAUGGCGGUUUCCUCCCUGUUCAGUGUCAGUUCAUUAACAUGACGGACAAGAAACAGCUGGACCUGCUGCAUGCCUUUAACAGGUGACUCACCUUACUCACCCUCUCAUCAUGGAGGAAUGAACUUAUGAAGACGUAAACUAACCUGAGUGUGUGUGUGUGUGUGUGUGUGUGUGUGUGUGUGUGUGUGUGUGUGCGUGUGUGUGUGUGUGUGUAUGUGUUCAUCUCUCAGGUUCCCAGAAGCCUUUAAGACAUUCAGCAGCUUUAGAAAGUUUUUCCCCGGCGUGUCGUCCUACUGUUCGUGCUCAGACAGCCGAGGACGAGAGGUGGAGAACACAGGUACACGCACGCACACACACACACACACAGACACAGACACACACACACACACAAACACAAAAAAACACAGAUACACACACACACACACGUACACACAUACACUCACACACACAAAGGCACACACACACACACAGGUUCACACACACACACUCACACACACACACACACACACACACACACACACACACACACACACACACUUACACUCAGGUACACAAACACACACACGCACACACACACAGGUACACACAGGGACACACACACACAGGUAUACACACAGAAAUACACACAAACACACAGAAAUACACACAAACACACAGAAAUACACAAAAAUACACUCACACAGGUACACACAGGUACUCACAGGUACACACACACAGGUAUACAAAUACACAAAGGUACACACACAGGUACACAAACAUAGGUACACACAAACACAUACACAUACACACACAAAAACACAGGCACACACACAUACACAUACACAGGUAUACACACACACACACACACACACACAGAUACACACACACACGCAUAUGUACACACACAAACUCCUACACAGGUAUACACACACACACAUGUUCACACACACACACACACACACACACGUACACACACACAGAUUCACAAAGUUAUUAACACAGGUACACACACAGACACACACAGAAAUACACACACACAGACACACAGACACACACAGGUUCAUACACAGGUACACACACACACACACAGAUCAUGAUGAAGAUGAUGAUGAUGACGAUGAUUAUGGUAACCCUGACGAUGACCUUAAGGCCCCCCCCCCCCCCGUUCUUCUCCAGGUGUGGAGCUUCUCCUCUCAGAAGUCUAUGACUCGGCCUUCUCAGGUGUCCAAUCAGGUCGCUCCUUCUCUCAGACCAACAUCUACAAAGUCCUGCAGAGAAGGAUGCUGGGAGUUCGCCUCGCCCUGACCGGACACUUCAGAUGUAAAUGAUUCCCCUGGUCUGAUGGUUUACUUGGUUUAACUGGUUUAAACUGUUUUAACUGUUUUAACUGGUUUACUUGGUUUAACCUGGUUUAUCCUGGUUUAACUGGUUUUAACUGGUUUAAAUAGUUUAAUUAGUUUUAAUGGUUUAAACUGGUUUAAAUUGGUUUACUUGGUUUAACUGGUUUAACUGGUUUAACUGGUUUAAACUGGUUCACCUGGUGUAACCUGUUUUAUCCUGGUUUAACUGGUUUUAACUGGUUUAAAUUGUUUAAUUAGUUUUAAUGGUUUAAACUGGUUUAAAUUGGUUUACUUGACUUAACUGAUUUAAACUGGUUCACCUGGUGUAACUUAACUCAACCUCCCCCUCAGGCCCCUCGCCCUGUGAAGAGGAGCGGCGGGCGGCGAUGGCGGCAUCCAGCGUCUUUGUUCCAUCCUGUGACCUCAGAGGGUCCUUCAGUCCUCGGCAGUGCCAGCAGGGGGGGCAGUGCUGGUGUGUGGACCCUUCAGGGAUGGAGGUUCCUGGGACCCGACAGCAGGGGGACUUCCUGUUCUGCAGUGAGUGACCUCUGAGGACAGACCGCCUUUGACCUUUGAACUCAUUUUGAUAUUUGAUCUUAUUUUUCCACUCUCUCCUCCUCCUCUCUCCUUCCUCCUUCUCUCUCUUUCCUCUCUCUCUCUCCUCUCUCCUCCUCCUCCUCCCUCUUUCCCCCUUCUGCUCUCUCCUCCUCCCCUUUCUUUCCUCCUCCUCUUUCUCUCCUCCUCUCUGAACUCUCUCCUCCUCCUCCUCUAUCCUCCUCCUCUCUUCUCCUCUCUCCUUUUUGCUUCUCCUCCUCUCCUCCUCCUCCCUCCACCUCUCUCCUCCUCUCUCCUCCUCCUCUCUUCCUCCUCCUCUAUGCUCCUCUUUCCUCCUCCUUUUCUUUUCCUCCUCCUCUCUCUCUUCUCCUCAUUCUCUGUCCUCCUAUCGCCUCCUCCUUCCCCCUCCAAUCUCCUCUCUCCCCGCUUUCCUCCUUCUCCUCUCUUCCUUCUUCUGCUCUCUCCUUCUCCUCCUCCUCCACCUCUCUCCUCUCUUCCUUCUCCCUCUGUUCUCCUCCUCCUCCUCCUCCACCUCUCUCCUCUCUUCCUUCUCCCUCUGUUCUCCUCCUCUCCCUUCCUCCUCCUCUCUCCUCCUCCUCUCUCUUCCUCUCUCCUCCUCCUACUUUUCCUCCUCCUCCUCCUCUUCCUCCUCCUCCUCCUCAGAUUCCGGUCCUGUGGACUGUCCCUCUCAGCGCCGUCUUGCUCUGUCCCGGUUCUUCUCUGGUCCUGUUGAUCCGUCUUUCCAGGUGUCUCCUGACAGACCUCAGUCCUCCUGCCUCCUCCGUCCUCUCCUGCCGGUGGAGACUGACCCCGCCUCCUUCCUGUCUCAGCUGGUGGAGGUCCUCCAUGGUCUCUUCCCCUCAGUGGGCGGGGCUCUGCAGGCUCUGUCUCACUCCUUGCCGCCUCGUUUCCAAGAGAACCUGUUUGGAGGGAAGUUCCUCAGGAGCGCCGCUUUCUUUAACUUCAGUGGGGCAGUGGGAGAUCAGGGGGCACUGGGUCUGGACCCGCUUUCUGCUCAGACCAAGAGUCUCAAAAAGAACCAGAACCUGGUCCUGACUGUGAGCCUGAUUCUGGAUGACCCGGCCUUCCUGUCAGCUCUUCAGCAGACUCUCAGAGGACUUAGCCCAUCUGAGUCUGAACCACUGGACCAGGUCAGAUCAGACACACACACACACACACACACACACACACACACACACACACACACACUCACACACACACACACACACACACACUCACACACACACACACACACACACACACACACACACACAUUUGUAUACACACACACACACACAACCACACACAACCACACACACAUUUGUAUACACACACACACACACACACAACCACACACACACUCUCACACACACACGUCCAUGUAGAUUCUCAUUCAUCCAGGUCAUGGUUAUCUUGAAAACUUAAAAACAGGCAACUGGACUGUUGCCUGUUUUUAAGUCUUCAAGACACACACACACUCACAUACACUUUACACACACACACUUACACGCACACACGCACACACACACACAUACUUGCGGUGAUUUCCACUUCAGAGUCCUGUCUGUAGAUGAUGAUAUCCACUCAGGAACUUUAUCCUGAAACUGUUGAACUGUUUGCUCACAUGGUCUCUCACAGAGUCCUGAACCUCUGAGAGACUCCGCCUCUCUGAAGGUCUGUCUUAGACCCGGUCAUGUGACUAACCUUUUGGACAUUCACCUCCAUAAAAGUUGAUGACAUUACUGCAUGUUUGUUUACAGUUACAACGUUUUUUAUUUGUUUUGUUUUUAUUUGUGUUUGCCUCAGCUGAUCUGCAGAUCUUCAGAUCCAGUUUUAUCACCAUUUCACACAGAGUCGAAAUCAUCGGGGGUCUUGGUUGUUGUCAGCAUCCUGUCAGCUGUUAUUCGUGUCUGUUCACAGAUCCGUUUAUUCAGUUUGGCGCUCUGUGGUCAGAUUGCAGAUGACUUCAUCCCCAAUUUCCUCCUUCAUCCUGAACAUCUACAAAAAGGCCGUAUCCGCCGAUCAUAGCUAAUCGUAACCAUUCGAGUUUACGUGUCUAUUUCCACCAGCUUCUUUCUGUUCCUCUGCGGACUCCACAGCUGAUCGUAAGAGUUCUAUUUUUUCCAGAUGCCGGAGCAUGCCAGAUAUAUUCAGCACAGAUUAACCCGUGAGUCGUACUGUCACAGAUCUACGGCCGAGUCUGUACAGAUUUUACUCUUAAAGUUGGGACAAUUUUCCCCAAAAGAGAGUCAGAAAUCACAUCAGACUGUAAUCACAACAGCUGAAAUAAACACCCUCUGAAUACUACUACUCAAACUAGCUGAGUAGACCCUCUGCUCUUUGAAACUAAGGAUGAAGCAUCUAUGAUUUCCAGUUCUUCGUUGAAAGGACAACUGGACUUACUUGAGACGUUUCGCCAAGUAAGUCCAGUUGUCCUUUCCAAAAGAGUGUUAGAUUUUGAUCCAUCAGACCUCAGGACAGUUCACGGACAAGUGAUAUGAAGACCAUGCGGUGACUAGCUGAUUGUUACCAUUCAAGUUAACGUGUCAAUUUCUACCGGCCUCUUUCCAUUCCUCUGCAGAUCGCCAGACUCCACAGCUGAUCACAAGACUAUUUUUUCUGGACACUGGAGCAUGCCAGAUAAUUGAGCACAGAUUAACCUGUGCUGGAAAGGAAGUCAGGGAACAGACACAAAAUAAAACAUAUGGCUUCUUUUCAAAAUAUAACACUCCGUGUUUCAGGAGGAUCGUAUUUCACACCAUGCAAACGGGUGGAGACAAACAAGUGAAAGGUUUUUAGAUGUCAUUUCACCCCAAUGACAGCAUGGAUGAGGAGAUGCUGAUUCUAGAAGUCUAGAAGUAGAUUUCCUCCUCUGGAGGGACACAAUCAACUGCUUAUAUCUAUGUGGCUGUCUUUAUAUUGAGCCACAUAGAUUCCUGCUGUGUGUAAUCCGCCACGAAAUUCGCCUCAUAAACAAAUCCGGUAGGAACUGUCUAAAAAUCGCCACUGUUCCAGAUGCGGUGAGAAUUGGGGGUUACUGUUGUCUCUGUCUUCAGGUUCUGACUCCUCUCCUGGGAUCCUGCUCUGAAGACAAGGACGACAUCUUCAUCCCCAGCUGCACAACCAGCGGCGGUUUCCAGGAGGUCCAGUGUCAGGGGACGGACUGCUGGUGUGUCGACUCUGAGGGUCAGGAGGUGGCAGGGUCUCGUGUCUCCGGGCACCAACCUAGGUGUCCGUCCCACUGCGAGAGGGAGCGAGCCAUGGCCUUAAAGGUCAAAGGAAACAUGGCGGCUGGGGCAGAGAUCCACAUCCCAGUAUGCUCAGAGGACGGAGACUUCCUGCCGCUGCAGUGUGUCGGAUCACGCUGUUUCUGCGUCGACACUAAGGGGAAAACAAUGGCUGCCGAGCCAACAGGGGGCGCUGUGUCCUGUAAGCUUUCCUACCAGCAUGUUUCCAGAUCUGGUCUUUGGUCCUGAAACAAUUGUCCUCUGAGUUCACUUUGUCUCUGUUUCAGGUCCAGAAAGGGAAAUACCGAAGGCUGAAGGUCAGAGGUCACCACGAACAUUACACUCGCCUUUUACACACACAUAAGGUCAUUAACAGGGUCCAGUAAUCUGGAUUAAGGUAAUCUGGAUCAGAGAUUUCUAUCCAGGGUCCAGGUCUGACUUUGGUCCUGUUGGUUAUUUCAGAGAUUGAAGGUGGGGUAGUCAGGAUCUGAUGAGGUUCCAGUUUUUGGGAGGAAUCUUGAAUGUAAACUUUACCCCUCCCAACCAGUUUUCCCCUCAGCUCCUUCUCUCCCCUCCCUCUCUGCUCAAGCAAGCCCCGCACACAAACAGACGCUCCUGCUUGCUCGUAUCGUUCCAAUUAAAUUCAGAUAUAAUCCAGAUAAAUACUUAAGAUAAUUACAGAUGGGGCCCAGUCAACGUGAAAGUAAAAAGCAUUGGUGCUACUGUAAAUGCCAACAGACUACCAGCAAACACAAAUCAAAUCAAACUUUAUUUAUAUAGCACUUUUCAGGCAAAAAGAAAUGCAGCACUUGCUUUACAAUUUAAAACAAUGAGCCCCCCCCCGUAUCCAGCCUGCCACCUGACCCCCCGACCCUCACCGAGAGCCCACCCCAUCACACACACACACACACACACACACACACACACACACACACACACACACACACACACACACACACACACACACACACACACACAAAUAAUGCAAUCUUAAAAGCGUGUGGCUAAGUACAGAGGAGCCAAGUUGGGAAACGUCAGGAGGCCGACUGCACUGGACGCUGCUCACAGCCCAGGGCCAGGACACCUCCACCCGGGUGCACACCCCGCUACAGGCCAGUAAGGGGCCCACAGCAGCAAGCACUGCUGCAGACCACCACCUGGCUGAGCUGAGUGCACACCACGAGGCAAAGAAACCCUAGACAGAGCCAGUCACAGCCUCCAGUGCAGGUGGCCCCCCUACUGAGGAAACACUGGAGAAAUGCAAUAAAAACAUAAACUAAAUCAGCUAAAAACAUCAAACUAGAUAAAAUUAUAAAAUACUGAUAAAUAGCUAAAAUACCAUUUAAAAAUAAGUAAAUAAAUAGAAUAAACAUAACGUAAAAUGAGGACUAAAAUACAUUAAAUGAAAUUAAAUAAGAUAAAAAUAGGAUAAAAAUAUAGAUUAACAAUAAGACAUUAGUCAAAAGCCAAAUGAAAUAGUUGGGUCUUGAGCCUGCUUAUAAAAAUAUAAACAUUCUCUGCGGCCCUAAGGUCCUCCGGCAGACUAUUCCAAAGAAGGGGGCCAUAGUGCUGGAAAGAUGCCUCAUCGUAAGUUCGUGUUCUCACUUUGGGGACUAUUAAAAGGCCAGAGGAUCUCAGAGUCCUCGAGGGUUCAUAUUGUAAAAGCAAUUCUGAAAGAUAAGAAGGUCCAAGACCCCUAAGACAUUUAAAAACCAUUAAAAGGACCUUAAAAUCAAUCCUUAAGCACACAGGGAGCCAAUGCAGCGAUUUUAAAACCGGUGUAAUGUGUGCCCACCUUCUGGUCUUUGUCAGCACAUGUGCUGCUGAGUUUUGCAACAGUUGUAAACUUGCAAUGUUUCUUUUUGGAAGAUCAGAAAGCAGGGUGUUACAAUAGUCAAGACGACUGGAGAUAAAAGCAUGCAUUAGCGUCUCUGUGAUAGCCCCGGAGAGAAAGGGACUCUGGCUAUAUUCUUUAAAUGAUAAAACCCUGUUUUUGUUAUAUUUUUAAUAUGUGGGAUAAAAGUCAGCUCAGAGUCAAAGAUGAAGCCCAGAUUCUUUACCUGAUUUGUUGAAAUUAAAGACAGGGUUUUAAGUUUUGUUAAAAGUUUCUCUCCCUGAGCCUUACGAUCAAUAAUUAAAACCUCCGUUUUGUCCUGGUUGAGCUGUAGGAAGUUUUCUGCCAUCCAGGAUUUAAUGUCUAGGAUACAGCUAAAAAGGGCAUCGAUUGGCCCUGUGUCAUCAGGAGACAUGGAUAUGUAGAGCUGUGUGUCAUCAGCAUAGCUGUGAAAAGUGAUACCAUGCCUCCUGAUGACAUCUCCCAGUGGGAGCAUAUAUAAACUAGAAAAUGCAAUUUCUGAAGAAAUUGCAAGUGGGAUUGCUUCAGUCGAAAUUGCUAUCGCUAAGCUGCUAUUGCGAAUGGCUGAAUCUUAAAGAUAUGUGAAAAGUAAAAAGGUAUGAAGUAUGAGGAAGAUUUGAAUCAAUUUGAAUAAACUCAAUUGAAUGAAUUGAAUAAUGCAUGAAUAAUAAUUUUGAAAAUUCAACGUGUGAAAAUUAAAAUGAUUAAAAACCCUGAAGCAUGGGGAAGGCUUGAAGAAUCAAUAAGGUUUAAAUCAGUUUAAAUGAGUUGGAAUUUGUUUGAAAGAACUGAAAAAUACAUAAAGAAUAAAAAAUGAUUUAAAACUGGAAAAUAAAAAGGUUACAAAUCUGGAAGAAAAAGACGUUUGAAGAAUCAAAACGGUUUAAAUCAGUUUGAAGGAGUUUAAAUUAGUUUGAAGAGUUAAAUAAUGCAUUUUCAAUGAAUGAUUGAAAAAUGGGGGAAAUGUAAAUGAAUAAAAAUCCUGAUUAGACCCCACAAUGUCCUCAAUGAGCUUAAUUUAUUAAGCCCUUGAUGGUUUCUGUAGCUCAAGGUUUGUGCGAAGAGAUAGAUGACAAAGUUCGUCGAAUAAUUCUAUUGAAGGGUUUUAAAUGUCACUCCCAGUACUCUGUGUACUGAGCCUGGCUUCAUGUGUCUCAUAUGGCUGUUAGAAGCAGCUUUCCAGCCAGCUGUGUGUCUCUAGGUGCUCUUAUUGGUUGCCAUGGUGACGAUAGAUGCAUGACGACAGCAGGAGAAAGGAGGCUUGAGGCCGAGAACGUAAUGCCUAAGCAACGUCAUAUUUCUCAUCCUCUGUAACUGCUAUCUUCAUGAUAAGGAGCUUGUGAAAACCACAAGACCCGGCUGAACACGUUGAUACAACUUCUGUGUCUGUGGAGCCAAAAAUGCCUUCACUAGGACAAGUUAAAAACAUGUCCAGUUUGUGUUUCCUCUGAAAAUUCUCCUCUCGGGUUUAUAUUGGAGUCAAUGGAGAAAGCUGGAGAAAUGUUGGGGAUGUCUGCGGCAGUUGGUGUCUGCCCAGGCCACUGUGUGUGUCCUAUGGCUUUGAUUUUUUAGAUGAAGAGUGACAGCGAGUUUUGCCAUCACUGUACCAAAUUUUAUCUGUGUAGAGCAAAGUGAGUUGCCACAAUCCUUUUGUAAAGACAAAGUUUUGAGGAUAAAUUUUCAGCCCCUCUCACUCUAGCUGUGAGGUCACCCACUCUAGCUGCCAACAUUUCGUGCAAUACACACUAAUGUUAAAACCUGAACAGGUCAGAAAAUCCUGUGAAUUUUUGAACUGUCACUGUGAGAAAAGUAUGAAUGCCAUGAAGAUGGUGAAUGAAUGAGUGAAUGUCUGAAGAUGUAUGAAUAUUUUAAAGUUUGAAUGAAGUUACUAGGUGAAAGUAUGAAUGAAUGAGAAGAGGUUGAAGUUGACUACGUCUGAAAGCCCUUUUCCCAUUGAAUCCCAUUAUAAUGAAGUUUUAAACAAAUCUUAAUAUUUUGAAAAGUACAAAUGGGAUUAAAAAUGUUGAAGAUGUGCAAUAAUGCUGACGAAUUUGUGAAUAUUUUGGUUUUUGAAUUAAGUUUCUACGUGGAAGUAUAGAGGAGUUGAAGGCUUUUGAAGUUGUGUGAAGAAAAUGUGAGAAAAGGGCCAAUUUGAACAUUCCGUAAUGCAUUUCUAAUGGGAGAAAUCGGUCGGAAAACCUGGAAUAUCUCGGAAAGUAUGAAUGUAAGGAAAUUUUUUAAUACAAGCCGGAAUCUCCUCAAUGAGAUGAAUCUUUUGAAGUUUGAAUGUUUUGAAUACGUUAAAGUAUGUGGACGGAGUAGCGGUCCAAAAAAUGGUGGAAUAAUAAUAACUAGAAAAUGCAAUUUCUGAAGAAAUUGCGAGUGGGAUUGCUUCAGUUGAAAUUGCUAUCGCUAAGCUGCUAUUGCGAAUGGCUAAUUUUUAAAAAUAUGUGAAAGGUAAAAAGGUAUGAAGUAUCAGGAAGAUUUGAAUCAAUUGGAAUAAACUCAAUUGAAUGAAUUGAAUAAUGCAUGAAUAAUAAUUUUGAAAUUUCCACGUUUGAAAAUUAAAAUGAUUAAAAACCCUGAAGUUUGGGAAAGGCUUGAAGAAUCAAUAAGGUUUGAAUCAGUUUAAAUGAGCUGUAAUUUGUUUGAAAGAACUGAAUAAUGCAGUAAGAGUAAAAAAUGAUUUAAAACUGGAAAAUUAAAAGGUUACAAAUCUGGAAGAAAAAGAGGUUUGAAGAAUCAAAACGGUUUAAAUCAGUUUGAAGGAAAUAAAUUAGUUUGAAGAACUAAAUAAUGCAUUUUCAAUGAAUGAUUGAAAAAUGGGGACAAUGUAAAUGAAUAAAAAUCCUGAUUAGACCCCACAAUGUCCUCAAUGAGCUGAAUUUAUUAAGCCCUGGAUGGUUUCUGUAGCUCAAGGUUUGUGCGAAGAGAUAGAUGACAAAUUUCGUCAAAUAACGCUAUUGAAGGGUUUUAAAUGUCACCCCCAGUACUCUGUGUACUGAGCCUGGCUUCAUGUGUCUCAAAUGGCUGUUAGAAGCAGCUUUCCAGCCAGCUGUGUGUCUCCAGGUGCUCCCUUUGGUUGCCAUGGUGACGAUAGAUGCUUAACAACAGCAUGAGAAAGGAGGCUUGAGGCUGAGAACGUAAUGCCCAAACAACGUCAUAUUUCUCAUCCUCUGUAACUGCUGUCUUCAUGACAAGGAGCUUGUGACAACCACAAGACACAGCUGAACACGUUGAUACAACUUCGGUGUUUGUGGAGCCAAAAAUGCCUUCGCUACGACAAGUUAAAAACAUGUCCAGUUUGUGUUUCCUCUGAAAAUCCUCCUCUCAGGUUUACAUUGGAGUCAAUGGAGAAAGCUGGAGAAAUCUGGGGGAUGUCUGCGGCAGUUGGUGUCUGCCCAGGCCACUGUGUGUGUCCUAUGGCUUUGAUUUUUUAGAUGAAGAGUGACAGCGAGUUUUGCCAUCACUGUACCAAAUUUUAUCUGUGUAGAGCGAAGUGAAUUGCCACAAUCCUUUUGUAAAGACAAAGUUUUGAGGAUAAAUUUUCAGCCCCUCUCACUCUAGCUGUGAGGUCACCCACUCUAGCGGCCAACAUUCCGUGCAAUACACACUAAUGUAAAAACCUGAACAGGUUAGAAAAUCUUUGGACUUUUUGAACUGUCACUGUGAGAAAAGUAUGAAUGCCAUGAAGAUGGUGAAUGAAUGAGUGAAUGUCUGAAGAUGUAUGAAUAUUUUAAAGUUUGAAUGAAGUUACUAGGUGAAAGUAUGAAUGAAUGAGAAGAGGUUGAAGUUGACUACGUCUGAAAGCCUUUUCCCAUUGAAUCCCAUUAUAACGAAGUUUUAAAUAGAUCUUAAUAUUUUGAAAAGUACAAAUGGGAUUAUAAAGGUUAAAGAUGUGGAAUGAUGCUGACAAAUUUGUAAAUAUUUUGGUUUUUGAAUGAAGUUUCUACGUGGAAGUAUAGAGAAGUUGAAGGCUUUUGAAGUUGUGUGAAGAAAAUGUGAGAAAAGGGCCAAUUUGAACAUUCCGUAAUGCAUUUCUAAUGGGAGAAAUCGGUCGGAAAACCUGGAAUAUCUCGGAAAGUAUGAAUGUAAGGAAAUUUUUGAAUACAAGCCGGAAUCUCCUGAAUGAGAUGAAUCUUUUGAAGUUUGAAUGGUUUGAAUACGUUGAAGUAUGUGGAAGUAGUUAAGGUUCAAAAAACGGUGGAAGUUGCUAUAAUAAGAAGAAAAAUAACUAGAAAAUGCAAUUUCUGAAGAAAUUGCGAGUGGGAUUGCUUCAGUUGAAAUUGCUAGCGCUACGUUGCUAUUGCGAGUGGCUGAAUUUUAAAAUAUGUGAAAGGUCAAAAGGUAUGAAGUAUCAGGAAGAUUUGAAUCAGUUUGAAUAAACUCUGUUGAAUGAAUUGAAUAACGCAUGAAUAAUAAUUUUAAAAAUUCAACAUGUGAAAAUUAAAAUGAUUAAAAACCCUGAAGUAUGGGAAAGGCUUGAAGAAUCAAUAAGGUUUGAAUCAGUUCAAAUGAGUUGGAAUUUGUUUGAAAGAACUGAAUCAUGUAUUAAGAGUAAAAAAUAUUUAAAACUGGAAAAUUAAAAGGUUACAAAUCUGGAAGAAAAAGAGGUUUGAAGAAUCAAAACGGUUUAAAUCAGUUUGAAGGAAAUCACUUAGUUUGAAGAACUAAAUAAUGCAUUUUCAAUGAAUGAUUGAAAAAUGGGGACAAUGUAAAUGAAUAAAAAUCCUGAUUAGACCCCAUAAGGUUUUAAAUGUAACCCCCAGUACUCUGUGUACUGAGCCUGGCUUCAUGUGUCUCAUAUGGCUGUUAGAAGCAGCUUUCCAGCCAGCUGUGUGUCUCCAGGUGCUCCCUUUGGUUGCCAUGGUGAUGAUAGAUGCUUAACAACAGCAGGAGAAAGGAGGCUUGAGGCUGAGAACGUAAUGCCCAAACAACGUCAUAUUUCUCAUCCUCUGUAACUGCUGUCUUCAUGACAAGGAGGUUGUGAGAACCACAAGACACAGCUGAACACGUUGAUACAACUUCGGUGUUUGUGGAGCCAAAAAUGCCUUCGCUACGACAAGUUAAAAACAUGUCCAGUUUGUGUUUCCUCUGAAAAUCCUCCUCUCAGGUUUACAUUGGAGUCAAUGGAGAAAGCUGGAGAAAUCUGGGGGAUGUCUGCGGCAGUUGGUGUCUGCCCAGGCCACUGUGUGUGUCCUAUGGCUUUGAUUUUUGACAUGAAGAGUGACAGCGAGUUUUGCCAUCACUGUACCAAAUUUUAUCUGUGUAGAGCGAAGUGAGUUGCCACAAUCCUUUUGUAAAGACAAAGUUUUGAGGAUCAAUUUUCAGCCCCUCUCACUCUAGCUGUGAGGUCACCCACUCUAGCUGCCAACAUUCCGUGCAAUACACACUAAUGUUAAAAUAUGAACCGGUCAGGAAAUCUUUGGACUUUUUGAACUGUCAAUGUGAGAAAAGUGUGAAUGCCAUGAAGAUGGUGAAUGAAUGAGUGAAUGUCUGAAGAUGUGUGAAUAUUUUAAAGUUUGAAUGAAGUUUCUAGGUGAAAGUAUGAAUGAAUGAGAAGAGGUUGAAGUUGACUACGUCUGAAGCCCUUUUCCCAUUGAAUCCCAUUAUAACGAAGUUUUAAACAAAUCUUAAUAUUUUGAAAAGUACAAAUGGGAUUAAAAAUGUUGAAGAUGUGGAAAAAUGCUGACGAAUUUGUGAAUAUUUUGGUUUUUGAAUGAAGUUUCUACGUAGAAGUAUAGAGGAGUUGAAGGCUUUUGAAGUUGUGUGAAGAAAAUGUGAGAAAAGGGCCAAUUUGAACAUUCCGUAAUGCAUUUCCAAUGGGAGAAAUCGGUCGGAAAACCUGGAAUAUCUCGGAAAGUAUGAAUGUUAGGAAAUUUUUGAAUACAAGCCGGAAUCUCCUGAAUGAGAUGAAUCUUUUGAAGUUUGAAUGGUUUGAAUACGUUGAAGUAUGUGGAAGUAGUUAAGGUUCAAAAAACGGUGGAAGUUGCUAUAAUAAGAAAAACUAGAAAAUGCAAUUUCUGAAGAAAUUGCGAGUGGGAUUGCUUCAGUUGAAAUUGCUAUCGCUAAGCUGCUAUUGCGAAUGGCUGAAUUUUAAAAAUUAGUGAAAGGUCAAAAGGUAUGAAGUAUCAGGAAGAUUUGAAUCAGUUUGAAUAAACUCUGUUGAAUGAAUUGAAUAAUGCAUGAAUAAUAAUUUUGAAAAUUCAAUGUGUGAAAAUUAAAAUGAUUAAAAGCCAUGAAGCAUGGGAAAGGCUUGAAGAAUCAAUAAGGUUUGAAUCAGUUCAAAUGAGUUGUAAUUUGUUUGAAAGAACUGAAUAAUGCAUUAAGAGUAAAACAUGAUUUAAAACUGGAAAAUUAAAAGGUUACAAAUCUGGAAGAAAAAGAGGUUUGAAGAAUCAAAACGGUUUAAAUCAGUUUGAAGGAGUUUAAAUUAGUUGGAAGAGUUAAAUAAUGCAUUUUCAAUGAAUGAUUGAAAAAUGGGGACAAUGUAAAUGAAUAAAAAUCCUGAUUAGUCCCCAUAAUGUCCUCAAUGAGCUGAAUUUAUUAAGCCCUGGAUGGUUUCUGUAGCUCAAGGUUUGUGCAAAGAGAUAAAUGACAAAUUUCGUCAAAUAACUCUACUGAAGGGUUUUAAAUGUCACCCCCAGUACUCUGUGUACUGAGCCUGGCUUUAUGUGUCUCAUAUGGCAGUUAGAAGCAGCUUUCCAGCCAGCUGUGUGUCUCCAGGUGCUCUUAUUGGUUGCCAUGGUGACAAUAGAUGCUUAACAACAGCAGGAGAAAGGAGGCUUGUGGCUGAGAACGUAAUGCCCAAACAACGUCAUAUUUCUCAUCCUCUGUAAUGGCUAUCUUCAUGAUCAGGAGCUUGUGACAACCACAAGGCCCGGCUGAACACGUUGAUACAACUUUGGUGUUUGUGGAGCCAAAAAUGCCUUCGCUACGACAAGUUAAAAACAUGUCCAGUUUGUGUUUCCUCUGAAAAUCCUCCUCUCAGGUUUACAUUGGAGUCAAUGGAGAAAGCUGGAGAAAUCUGGGGGAUGUCUGCGGCAGUUGGUGUCUGCCCAGGCCACUGUGUGUGUCCUAUGGCUUUGAUUUUUUAGAUGAAGAGUGACAGCGAGUUUUGCCAUCACUGUACCAAUUUUUAUCUUUGUAGAGCGAAGUGAGUUGCCACAAUCCUUUUGUAAAGACAAAGUUUUGAGGAUCAAUUUUCAGCCUGUCUCACUCUAGCUGUGAGGUCACCCACUCUAGCGGCCAACAUUCCGUGCAAUACACACUAAUGUUAAAACCUGAACAGGUUAGAAAAUCUUUGGACUUUUUGAACUGUCUCUGUGAGAAAAGUAUGAAUGCCAUGAAGAUGGUGAAUGAAUGAGUGAAUGUCUGAAGAUGUGUGAAUAUUUUAAAGUUUGAAUGAAGUUUCUAGGUGAAAGUAUGAAUGAAUGAGAAGAGGUUGAAGUUGACUACGUCUGAAAGCCUUUUCCCAUUGAAUCCCAUUAUAACGAAGUUUUAAACAGAUCUUAAUAUUUUGAAAAGUACAAAUGGGAUUAUAAAGGUUGAAGAUGUGGAAUGAUGCUGACAAAUUUGUGAAUAUUUUGGUUUUUGAAUGAAGUUUCUACGUGGAAGUAUAGAGGAGUUGAAGGCUUUUGAAGUUGUGUGAAGAAAAUGUGAGAAAAGGGCCAAUUUGAACAUUCCGUAAUGCAUUUCCAAUGGGAGAAAUCGGUCGGAAAACCUGGAAUAUCUCGGAAAGUAUGAAUGUUUGGAAAUUUUUGAAUACAAGCCGGAAUCUCCUGAAUGAGAUGAAUCUUUUGAAGUUUGAAUGGUUUGAAUACGUUGAAGUAUGUGGAAGUAGUUAAGGUUCAAAAAACGGUGGAAGUUGCUAUAAUAAGAAAAAUAAUAAAGAUAUGAAUAACAUAUAGUGGGAAUGCUUCGCAAUCCCACUCAAUAAUAAAGAUAUGAAUAACAUAUAGUGGGAAUGCUUCGCAAUCCCACUCAAUAAAGAUAUGAAUAACAUAUAGUGGGAAUGCUUCGCAAUCCCACUCAAUAAUAAAGAUAUGAAUAACAUAUAGUGGGAAUGCUUCGCAAUCCCACUCGAUAAAGAUAUGAAUAACAUAUAGUGGGAAUGCUUUGCAAUCCCACUCAAUUAAAAAGUAUGGGGCCUAAAAUUGAGCCUUGGGGCACACCACAUUUAAUGCUAUGAAUCUUUGAAGAGCAUGUGUCCAAACUUGCAAGAAACUUUCGAUCUGUGAGAUAGGAGUUAAACCACUGAAAGGCAGUACCAGAGAGGCCUACAAGGUGCCAUAGUCUAUUUAAAAGAAUUGUGUGAUCUACUGUAUCAAAAACAGUGCUUAGAUCCAGUAGCACAAGGACUGUAAGCUUAUGUGAGUCCAAGUUGCACCUAAGAUCAUAAACAAUUUUCAGUAGUGCAGUCUCUGUACUGUGGUUUGUCCUAAAUCCAGAUUGAAAUUUCUCCAGAAUGGAACGGUUAUUUAAAAAAUCAUUCAACUGAAUAAAAACAAGUUUUUCUAAAAUUUUGCUUAAAAAUGGUAAGCUGGACACUGGUCUGUAGUUAUUACUACAGACCAGGGGUCUCACUACUGCCGUUUUAAGGGCAGCAGGGAAAGAGCCUGUCUGAAGAGAACAAUUCACUAUAUUUAAAAGCUCACCUUCAAAGAAUCCAUAAAAUAUUUUAAAAAGUGAUGUGGGAAUUCGGUCUAAAAGGCAGGUUGUUGGUUUUAUUUGGGAAAAAACUCUACCAAGCAUCUCAGCAUCAACCAGGGCAAAACUGUCCAGUGUUUCCUCAGGUAAAAACAAGCUUUCCACUGUAUUAGAAACAGUGUUUUGAAUGGAUAAAAUAGAGGAUCGUAUAAAAUCAAUUUUACCCCUGAAGUGGUCUGCAAAACCUUCACAAAGUGUGUCUGAAGGAGUGAUUUGAUAUCUGUUAAAAACCGGGUUGAUUAAAAGAUCAAUUGUAGCAAAGAGGAUUUUAGGGUUAUUUUUAUGAUCCGUGAUUAUGUUCGUGAAAUAGGUGGAUCUUGUGUGUCUGAGAGCUUUAUUGUACAUUUUCAGUUGCUUGCAGUACAUUCGAUGAUUAAUUGUGAUUUUAUUUUUCCUCCAACUCUGCUCAGCUACCCUGCAAUUUCUUUUUAGUUUUUUGAUUUCCUCAUUUCUCCACGGCGGUGUGCACUUAGGCAGUACCUUUUUUGUUCUCAGUGGAGCUACAAGGUCGAGUGUGGUUUCAAGUUUGUUGAUAAAAUGUUGAACAAUAAAAUCACAGGAUGCAGGUAGAGUAGCUGAGGGAUGCUUGCUCAAGAUCGCGAUAAAAUUUGCAGCCACUUCUGAUUUAAAGUAGCAUUUCCUGACAGUUCCCACCGAGGUCUCCCACUGAACAAAACUGGUGAUAUUAAAAAACACACAAUAAUGGUCCGACACAGCCAGGUCAGCAACAGAGGACACACUGGCUGACAGGCCAUAGCUGAGGACUAGAUCCAAGGUGUGUCCUCUGUUGUGAGUUGGCUGUGUGACGUGUUGUAUAAAAUCCAAGCAACUAAGUAGAUUUAAAAACUCUUUUGCCAUUGAAUCAGAUGAAUUGUCUAUGUGUAAAUUAAAAUCACCACAUAUAAUAAUAAAAUUGUAAGUGGCAUGGAUUAUUGCUAAAAAUUCAGAAAAUUCACUGAUAAAAGCAACAUCAUGUUUUGGUGGUCUGUAAACAGUUAUACAAAAAAUUGAGGGACUGUUAAAAACAACUGCAUGAUGUUCAAAGGUGGUGUACUGAUCGAAUUGUAUUUCUUUUGUGCUUAGUGAGUUGUUGAUUAUUGAUGCAGUACCACCACCUUUCCUGCCACUUCUAAGAGAGAACGUAAAGUCAAAAUUAGGUGGGGAGGUCUCAGUGAGAACAAUUGGCGCGUCUGUACCCAGCCACAUUUCAGUUAAAAACAGACAAUCAACCUUGUCUAAAAUCAGGUCAUGGACAAUGAAAGAUUUGUUUAAAAGAGAGCGAAUGUUUAAAAGUGCUAUGUUAAUGUUGACAGGUGAUUUACAGAUUGUGUGGUAAGAUUGUUGAUGUUUGGGGAGAGGUCUAAGGUUAGUGAAGUUCACAGAGUGUACGUGAUGGAGUCUGGUAGUCUCUUGCUGGGUGAUUAUGACAGGAAUGGGUGAAUGGUUAAUGAAAAGAGAGGAUCCAAGUCCAGUAUUGUGUGUGACAGAGGUGGAACUAAAAUCAUAGGAACUGGGACCUGGGGGACAUCAAUCAGUGGCAGAAAGGUCAGUCAGUGUACGUUUGGGGUGAUGGGAGGAAAGUGAGAGUUGAGCAAGUUGUGGACCGUAUGCCAGGAUGGCAGCCAGGAUGGCGGCCAGCAUGCAGGUGCCAGCUGUAUUAAGAUGAAGACCAUCCGAGUCAAAAAGAUGUCUCCUCUCCCAAAAAACAUCGAAAUUGUCAACAAAGCCGACAUUGUGGGUUCUGCAGGCUGAUGAGAGCCAGGUGUUCAGGCUUAGCAGCCUGGUGAAGUGCCCAAUACCUCUGCCACAGGUGGGAGUGGGGCUGAAGAUAAAGUUGCGCAGCUGGGGCCGUGAGAGUUUGUUAAAAAGCUGUGUGAAAUCACGCUUUAAAAGCUUGGGCUGUUGUCUGGAGGUGUCAUUGGUGCCCACAUGUAUGACGACCCUGCUUACCUGUGGAUGUGAAUUCAGGGUGCUUGGGAUUUUCUCAGUGAUGUCUGCAACAGUGGCGCCGGGAAAGGACGGGGUGAACGCUCCCCUCAGACGGACGUGCCGAAUGAUGGAGUCCCCGAUGACUAGUGUCGUGGCCUGUUGCCUGAGGGGGGCGGCUGGCUCCGUGGACUUGUCCUCCCCAUCAGGCGCCCGGGGAUGAGGACGUCCAGUGUGCCACCUCCGCUACGACAGAUAAAAUAAAAUAAAAUAAAGUAAAAUGAAAUAAAAACCCAUACACAGUAAAAGUUCAACUUAAAAGCCAACAAACUCUUAAAAUGCAGUCUUAAAAGUUGUUUAAAACCGGUUAAAAUUGGUUAAAAAGUUGGUCACAGGAGAGAGAAAUGGGUGGGUGCCAUACGACACAACAAUGUUUGCAGGACUUCUACAACUAGGAUAAAGUGACACAGUCCAGGUCAACAGUUUCUACAACAGUGCUACAACUGUGGGAGCGAAUAAUACACGUUUAUGAGCAAAGUUAUUGCAAAACAGGAUACAGGACACAGCCAGAGUCCAGGUCAUGGUGAACUUUCCACACAAGAAUAAUUGUUAUCUCGAGUCCAAAGAGGAAAAUUGGCAGAGCCGACCAGCAAAAAUAUGUGCAUGUUUAUAGAAGAGGUCACGUUGUUGGCUAUCAGACAGCAAUGUGUGGGCUGCAUAUAGGAAUAAAGGUCCUUACACACCGUGGCCGACGCGAAUAUAGAACGCAAAAUUAUGAAAUAUUCGGAGGCGAAUUUUGACGCGCCUGACUAUACACAUCAAGCCCGAUGCGAUUUUGCGACUUUCCAGGUGGAAAAAGACGCAUUCCAGGAAAGACUUUUCCCGGGGAAAGUCCCACCUUCUUCGCCUCUGAUUGGCUAGAAAAGCUGGAAACGUCAUCACAUGCUUAAGCCAAAUGGUCAGCACUUAUAGCCAAUCAGAGGCAAUAAGAUAAUCGCAUGAAACUAUGGUAAUAACCGUUAGCAUACGUUAGCACACAUGAAAGUUAUAACAAAGACAUAUAGCAAACUGUUAAAGCACACAAACCAUCGUCAUAUGAGAAAUCCGACGCUAUGACUCUCUACAAGUUGUCCUUCAGGUCGUUAUCUGUCUUUUAUCAAAAAGCACUCUGUUCUCCGACACGUGAACAAUCAGCCAGUCAGCUAUGUUGGAUAUAUUGGUGAAUCUGAUGUCGCAACAACACAAAAUCUGAUUGGUCAGAAGUGGACACGCAGUAUGCGAAACUUUAGAAAAAUCAACCAUGAUCUGAAAAAAUAAAUGCCGCAAUAUCGCAGGAUGGGAAAAUGUGGCUGAUGUGAAUGCUUGUAUUGACAGGAUAUGGGUCUGAGAAAAAAUAUUGAUGUCCGAAAUAAUUGCACGACAAAAACGGUCCCGGUGUGAAAAGACCUUAAGAGUAAUGACGCUAUUGGGGCAGUAAAAGAAAGCAACGAAGGAACAGUUCUUGGGAUUUUUGGGGCUUUUACUGUCCGUCUUCAGUCUGUUCAUUAAACAAGAUUGUCAUCAGUGGUGUUUGAUGCUGUAACUAAAAUAAAAUCCUGCAUUUUUGUUCAUUUUUGCACCUCUGCAUCUAUGAAUUCGACAAUAUAAGUGGCGAGCCAAGCCAAGUUUUUGCCUAAGGCCUGGGGCGGUGGCCUCCCAACACAGGUGAAAUCCAGGUGACGGCACAAAAAGGUAGGAGAAGUUAUAGGAUCGCAGCAGGUCCCGUUUGACAAGUAACACUUAUGUUACAGACACUUGGCUUACUUUGUUAAAGCGGUUUACAUGUCCAGCAGAAAGCCUACAGGGUCAGCAAGAUCCCAAAGCGUCCCCCAUCAUUUAUGUUGAUCUGUCUUUUUAGAUCUUGUCCGGUCUACCUCUGUUUUAAGCAACUGUUAUUCCGCCAGAGUCUCUGGUAUUUACUUUGUUUUCUUGCUUGUGUCGGAAGUCGUGGCCAAAGGAGUAUUGAGACUAUUUUCCGAACUUUCUGGUUGGUUUCUGGUUGGCACGCUAACUUUGUUUGGGCUCUCUAACUUUGUUUGGGCUCUUGAACGACACGGGGGAGCAGCGUCUGCCUCACAACCGACCAGGUCGGGUUAGGUGGAGAACGGCUUAAUUAACAGUCAGAAAGAGCGGACCGCUCAAAAAUGUAAAAAUGUUGACAAUACAGAUAUAAAAGAACACAGAGAUAUUGUUAUAUUCCCAAAUGUCAUCAAUAACUUAAAACUAUUGACUGAAAUUAAAAGAUUUUUGUAAAUACACCACAAAAAAAGAUGAUUCUUUGCUCUGAUGAUCUGAUGCUAACUCUGAUCUGAUGCUAACUAUCACUCUGAUGCUAACUGUUGCUCUGAUGUUAACUCUGAUCUGAUGCUAACUAUGGCUCUAAUGCUACCUAUCGCUCUGAUGCUAACUGUUGCUCCAAUGCUAACUCUAGUCUGAUGCUAACUAUCAUUCUGAUGCUAACUAUAGCUCUGAUGCUAACUCUGAUUUUAUGCUAGCUGUUGCUUUGAUGCUAACUGAUGCUUUUAUGCGAACUGGUGCUUUGAUGCUAUCUCUGAUGUGAUGCUUACUAUCCUCUGAUGCUAACUGUUUCUCUGAUGCUAACUGUGCUCUGAUGCUAACUCUGAUCUGAUGCUAAUCAUCUCUCUGAUGCUAACUGUUACUCUGAUGAUAACUCUGAUCUGAUGCUAACUAUCACUCUGAUGCUCACUGUUUCUCUGGUGCGAACUGUUGCUCUGAUGCUAACUCUAAUCUGAUGCUAUCAUUCUGAUGCUAACAAUCUCUCUGAUGCUAACUGUGCACUGAUGCUAACUCUGAUCUGAUGCUUAAUCUGCUCUGAUGCUAACUGUCACUCUGACGCUAACUAUCGCUCUGAUGCUAACUAUCAGUCUGAUGCUAACUAUCACUCUGAUUCUUACUAUUGCUCUGAUGCUAACUGUUGCUUUGAUGCUAACUCUUUCUCUGAUGCUAACUGUCACUCUGAUGCUAACUCUGAUCUGUUGCUAACAAUCACUCUAAUGCUAACUGUUGCUCUGAUGCGAACUGUUGCUCUGAUGCUAACUCUAAUCUGAUGCUAACUCUAAUCUGAUGCUAACUAUCAUUCUGAUGCUAACAAUCUCUCUGAUGCUAACUGUGCUCUGAUGCUAACUCUGAUCUGAUGCUAACUGUCACUCUGACGCUAACUAUCGCUCUGAUGCUAACUAUCACUCUGAUGCUAACUAUCACUCUGAUUCUUACUAUUGCUCUGAUGCUAACUGUUGCUCUGAUGCUACUCAUCCUCUGAUGCUAACCAUGGAUCUCAUGCUUAUUGCAGGUAGCUGCUCCCUAGCAUUAGCUGAGGUCACGGCUUUUAGACAGGAAGUGGCGGACAUCAUCACUCUCUCUAACUCCUCCCACUUCCCUCUUGGAUAUGGAUUCCUAUUGGCUAAAGGUUUGCCUCUGACCCCAGAGGAGCUUCAGAUCAGCCAAUCAGAGGAGGCGCUGCAGAUCACCAAUAGGCUGCUGAGUUACUCCAAAGCUGCCCUGAGAUUGGCUGCCUUCUCCAGUGAGUCACUGUCAAACAGAGUAUUUUUCCUCACUUGUCGCCUCUAAUGCUCACAAACCGCAGGUUCUUUUUAAUGUAUUUGACUCUUUAGUAAAACCCUGUGAUGCUGUCUGUGUUGAGCCUUCAUCUUGUCUCUGUGAGGACUUUGUGGUGGUGGUAAGCUUACGUCCUGCUAACAGUCCAUCUGAUAGCAUUCCUUCCUGUUUGUUCAAGGAGGUACAGUUCAGUCUUUUAUUUUUGCUGUGUCCGAAUUGCCCGCUCGCAUACUACAUGCUACUGCUACGUGCUACUGCUAGAUCCUACUCCUACAUACUAAACACGUUGGCCCAAUUCAGACACACUAGACGAGCGGUGGGGAAAGACGACCCCUGCAGGCAGAGAGUAGGUACUGCGCCCGUUUUAGACUCUGAAUGGUAAUUGUGCAAGUGAUGGAUGCUGCUGUAUUAUAUUCCUGCACUGCUUUAGAAAUUCACAAAGUAGCUUUUCCAUUACUUUUAGCCUUCAUUCACUCACGUGGUGAUCGUUUGUUCAAUGAGAUCUGCCUGAUUAGUGCAGCUGUGCAGUUUAAUGAUGGAAUAAGUGAGCUUUACCUCCAUGAUGUCGCCACAUGUUUGCUCAUACAAUGAUUACUUGGGCAAAUAUGACACCAUGACAUGACAAAGAGAUACAACCGCACAUUUUUUUAGGACAGUGUGUGAAGUUACAUUAAAAUUACAUCUGUACUGCUGUGGUCCUGCCUCCUGCUGCUGCUGCUGCUCCGCCAUGGUGCGCACUGCUGUGGCCAGCCGGCGUUCGCGACACAUUUAAAUAGGCAGAGCAGCUGGUGGCGCAUAACAUGCGCUUCUACAACUUUUAAGAGGACGAAGAAGAAGCCCGCUGUGCAUUUUGGGUCAGUAGCACGCCCGUAGGAUGCACCGCGACCAUCCUACAAUGUGAGCGUGUCUAGUAUCUGAAGUAGUAUCUGAAGUAGCAUGCUACUCGCUCCGGUGGCCAAUUCGGACAUGCUACAUACUACUUCGACUACUACUUGGCAAUUUGGACGCAGCAUUUGACUCUCAUUAAUCGGUGUCUCAGCUCUGGAAGUGUGCCUUCCUCCUUCAAACAUGCCACAGUGCAGCCUCUCUUGAAGAAGAAAAACUUGGAUCCCUUGGUUUUGUCCAAUUUUAGGCCAAUAUCCAAACUCCCUUUUAUUUCCAAGGUUUUAGAAAAGGUUGUCUCUCUCUUUUUUCAAGGGGCAAAUGUUUCAGUCUGGUUUUAAGUCUCAUCACAGCACUGAAACUGCUCUUUUAAAAGUUUUGAAUGAUCUUUUGUCAAACCUUGAUUCUGGUAACUGUGCCUUUUUAAUCCUCCUUGACCUGACAGCAGCGUUUGACACGGUGGAUCACUCAAUCCUCCUAUCACGCCUUGAACAUUGUGUAGGCAUCAUAGGCACCGCUUUGAGCUGGUUCAGAUCAUACCUCUCUGAGAGAUCUUUCUCUGUGCACAUGGGCCAGUUUUCUUCCACAGUUGUCCCUCUGAUGUGUGGGGUCCCCCAAGGGUCAGUUCUGGGUCCCCUACUAUUCUCCCUCUAUAUGCUACCCUUGGGGUCAAUUUUUAGAAAGCAUGGUGUUCCUUUUCACUGUUUUGCUGAUGAUGUGCAGGUGUAUUUGCCUGUGAAGGUCCCAACCAAAGACUCUCUGCAGGUCAUGCUUAACUGCAUGAGUAAUGUAAAGACAUGGAUGGAUCUUAAUUUUUUAACAUUAAAUGAAAACAAAACAGAGGUCAUCUUGUUCAGUCACCAACUUUGUGGAACGCUUUCCCCCUGACAGUGCGUACUGCUAACAGCCUUUCCACUUUUAAAACACUUCUGAAGACGCACCUGUUCACUUUAGAUUUUAGGGAAGUAUAGUUACUUUUAUUGGGUAUUUUAUUUUUUUUUGUUUAUCUUUAUUGUUGUCUUAUGUUUUUAUAUGUUUUAUGCUUUUAUUGUUUUAUAGUUUUUUAUUGUUUACUGUCUCUGGCUAUUUUACUGUAAAGCACUUUCGUAGGCCACUGGCUGUUUUUAAAUGCUCUAUAUAAAUAAAGCUGACAUUGACAUGGAGUGUGUUCAUGGAUAUCAGCUGAUAUCCAUGAACACACUCCAUGAUAAAGAUCAAAAUAUUUGAUAAAAUAAUAAAAAACACAAAAAAAUUUAUUUUCUGUUUUUUCAGCUGUGCAGAUGUUUCUUCCUCCUCAUCAUCGCUCCUAUCAGCCGUUCACUCCUCAGUGUGACGCUGACGGACACUGGCUGCACACACAGUGUUACCACAGCUCAGGUAUCACACACACACACACACACAUACACACACACACACACACACACACACACACACACACACACACACACACACACACACUUAUGCACAAGUUAAAGCUGCAGAAGUGUCCUUUAAAUUGAAGCUUUCUGUGUGUGUUCAGGUCAGUGUUGGUGUGUCGAUGAAGAGGGAGAGUAUGUCCAAAACACUCUGAGCAGCCGAUCACUGCAGCUGCCGAAAUGUGAGAAAACACACACACACAUACACACACACACACACACACACACACACAGAUUCAGCUCUGUCUUCACCUUUUUCUCUCCUGCAGGUCUGACUCGCUGUCAGAGAGCCCAGGCACACAUGAUGCUCUCUGGUUGGUUAAAAAGCUAUGACAUCACAGCAGCAUCACCUUACAGCCCGCAGUGUGAGGAGGUAGGACGACACACACACACACACAUAUACACACGCACACACACACUAGGGGUGUGAAUCUCAGCACUGAGGAUGAUUCGAUACGCAUCUCAAUGCACUGCCAGCGAUACGAUACUUUAACGAUACAUGGAAUUUUCUGGCGAUACGAUGCGAUACGAUUCACCCUCUUCACAAUGCGAUACGAUACGAUAAUCAUUUAGUUCAAAUCAAUGCGAUCCGAUACGAUAUGAUGCAAUUUGUUGCGUUAUGAUGCAAUUCAACAUGAUGCAAAUAAGCAAAGAAAAAAAAGAAAUAAAAAUAAAAGAUGGAAUUCAGUAUGGUACUACAAAAAUGAUUUGGCUUUAUUCCUUAAAGGCACUUUAAGGCAGUAAAUUCAACAAAAGUGCUUUUUGUCUUUUUUCUAUGCUCCUUUGGGUUCCAUUUUGUACAGUUACACAGAUUAGACAGACCUCCUGCAACUGUUAAGGAAUCUGAAUCAAUAAAAUCAAAAAAAAAAAAAAAAAGGAUUCCAAUCCUAACCCUACAUCACACAAGUGCUCUAUACUUGUUGGGUAAUAUUACAGUACACAUUAUUAAACAACUAAUGCACUGCCUAACAUGGUGCAAAUAAACCAUUCAGUGGCCAUACUACUGUCUGCCAAACCAAUGUGCUAGAGUUGACUUUCUAACUGGCCACUGAAAAUCAGUGAUUUGAGUGAGUUCUGCAAUAAUAAAAGAGUAAAACAAUUACACAAUAAUUACUGCUGUAAAAAGUACAGUAAACAGCAACCACAAAACACUCUCAAUGAGUAACCUAAAGUGACACUUUCAACAGUGCAAUCAAUGUUAAGGGAGGGAAGGUGGCGUUACACUUGAUGUGGUGUACUCUUUUUAAGUGGGUCUGCAUGUUUGUCGUGCUGCCGUUGUACGGCUUCUUAACGCGGCAUUCUUUGCAAAUGACGGACGUUUUGUCGAGCUUUCUGUCUUUCUUUGCAAAUCCGUAGUGUUUCCAAACAUAUGAUUUAAACGUAGCGGGUGCAUUACAUAUAAACUCUUCCUCGCUGCUGCUCACUUGAACGUGGUCCAUGCUGUUUUUAUUAGUAGUGCAUUGUAUGUCCCUCACGGCUUCCGUCCGUAUUCAAUACAAAACGCGAAAUAAUGAUGGUGCAUUCAAUGCGCCUGGGGAACAGCAGAUUGGGUGAAGUUUAACAUGAAUAAAACGGCGCUUGCAUCGGAUUUUACCGAUACCCACCAACGCAUCUAGAUGAAUCUAGAUUUAUCCCGUCAAUUGCAUCGAUACCCAGUGAAUGAGCCGACGCAGUCGCAUCGCGCACAUGCGCAUCGAUUAAUUUAGAUUAUUUUCCACACCCUUAACACACACACACACACACACACAGAGACUAAACUGAGGAAUAAAUAAAGUUGAUAAAGCUGCAUUAGAAAAAACAUUUUCAACUCAACAUCUUAAUAUACAGUGUUUGAUUAUCUUUUAUUUUGAAAAUCCGAGCUGUGACUGAUUUCCUUGUUUGUGUUCCAGGACGGUCGUUUCUCUGUGCUGCAGACAGGGGGCACUGCAGGCUGGUGUGUCAACCCUCAGACUGGAGAAGUGAUGCAGACGGCCGUGAAGGGCGCCGACGGACAGAUGACAUGUACACACACUUACUUACACACACACACACAAUCACUCUGUUUCCGAUAUGUUCACUGACCCCCUCUGUAAACUCUCUGCGGUGCGUUCAGGUCCCAGCUGGUGUCGGCUCAAAGGCUCUCAGUGUCGCCGUGAUGGCUCCUUCAUUCCUCUGCAGUGUGAUGUCACUUCCUGUUGGUGUGUCUCUGAAGAUGGCCAGGAAGUGGGUGGGACUCGAACCCUUAGACAGACAGGAAGGACCUUGUCAUGUGACCGUAAGAGCCUCGUACAGCGCCCUCUGGUGGAGAGCUGAUGAACUGCCGAGACUCUGAUACGUCUUCUCACUCGUUCUCUUCAGGUCCUCUCUGUCCUGCCGCCGUAACCCAUGGUGCACUGGUCUGCCACCCUGCAGUUGAUGGUCGUCAGACUUGUGACCUUGUCUGUCACCAUGGUUACCAGAUCUCACUUCCUGCCAGCAUCUUCCAGUGUGAGACUGAAAGUGGGAAAUGGUCCGGAGGAAACCACCCGCUGGAAGGAGCCUGUCAAAGUAAGAGGGCCGACUGAUAAAGGAACAUUACGCAGUUUUAAUGUUGAACUGUGUCAGUGCUGAAACUCAAACACACUGGAGUCAUGUGAUCAAUAUAUGAGACGGUUAAUCUAAGUCUGAAAGGAGAAGUAAAGGAUAAAAGAAUCAAGUAAUGGGGGUUAAACAUGAAAACACGGUCAAAUUAGAGCAUUCAUGUGUUCAUCAUCCCAUCAUCAUCAUCAUCCCUCCUGCUGUAGUCAGACUUUGAAACUCAUGAAAGUCGAAAAGUCUGACUUUAUGAUUUCUGUGGGUAAAAUGAAAAACAACUCAGAACUGGCUAAUUAGAUUAUCGAUGAUGAAGAAACAGUUGCCCCCAAUUUCCACCUUCAUCCUGAACGUCUACUAAAAGGUUGUAUCCUCCGAUCAUAGCUGAUCGUAACCAUUCAAGUAAACUUGUCAAUUUCCACCGGCUUCUUUCCGUUCCUCCGUGGAUUGCCAAACUCCACAGCUGAUCGCAAGAGUUCUAUUUUUUUCCGGACACCAGAGCAUGCCGGAUAAAUUCAGCACAGAUUAACCUAUACUGUCACAGAUCUACAGCCGAGUCUGUACAGAUUUUAGUCUUGAAGUCAGGACAAAUUUCCCGAAAAGAGAGACAGAUAUCACAUCAGACUGUAAUCACAACCGCUGAAAUAAACACCCUCUGAAUACUGACCUCAAACAAGCCGAGUGGACCCUCUACUCUUUGAAAGUAAGGAUGCAGCAUCUAUGAUUUCCAGUUCUUUGUUGAAAGGACAACUGGACUUACUUGAGACAUUUGCCAAGUAAAUCCAGUUGUCCUUUUUCAAAAGAGUGUUAGAUUUUGAUCCAUCAGACCUCAGGACAGUUUACAGACAAGUGAUAUUUAGCCCAUGCGGUGAUCCAACUACAGAGUCCUGAUGCUCCUAACCCCCAAUUUCCACUGCAUCCUGAACGUCUACUAAAAGUUUGUAUCCUCCGAUCGUAGUUGAUCGUAACCAUUCAAGUUAACGUGUCAAUUUCCACUGGCUUCUUUCCGUUCCUCUGAGGAUCGCCGGACUCCACAGCUGAUCACAAGAGUUCUAUUUUUUCUGGACGCCGGAGCAUGCCAGAUAAAUUCAGCACAGAUUAACCCAUGCUGGAAAGGAAGUCGGGCACAGACACAAAAUAAAACAUCCAGCUUCUUUUUGAAAUAAAACACUCUGUGUUUCAGGCGGAUCGUAUUUCACACCAUGCAAACGGGCAGAGACGAACAAGUGAAAGGUUUUUAGACGUCAUUUCACCCCGAUGACACCAUGGAUGAGGAGACGCUGAUUCUACAAGUCUAGAAAUAGAUUUCCUCCUCUGGAAGGACACAAUCAACUGCUUAUAUGUCUAUGUAUCUGUUUUUAUAGAGACAACUCGUUAUCGCGCGAUUGAACGUGAAUCCGUGGGUUCUUGAGAUUUUUCAUGAUUACCGCUGUCUGUAAUCUGCCACGAAAUCCGCCUCACAAACUGAUCUGGUGGGUAUUAGUGGACGGGGAAAAUUGCUGCCGUUCCGGAUCGGAGCCGUUCAGGAUGCGGUGAAAAUUGGGGGUGAAAGUCACAUGAACAAGAUUUUUAAGGAUAUUAUUAUUGAAUGACUCUCACAAGAAGGUCACACAGGAGUCUGACUGAACUGGAUUUAAUGAGUGAUAAACAUGAACAGACUGAUCAGUUUGACAUUUCAGUGAAAUCGAAGAGUCGACAUAAAAACAUGAAAACAUAAAACAUCCUUUCAGCUGUUUGAUGAUCUGAAGUCAAAGUCAAAUUUAUUUAUAUACUUCACCUCAAACAAACACGAUCAGUUGGACUGAUAUAAGUGAUUCAGACACAUUCACUCGUGUGUGUGUGUGUGUGUGUGUGUGUGUGUGUGUGUGUGUGUGUGUUUGUCUGCAGUCUCUCAGCCUCUUCAGUCUGUGUCAUCCUCUCAGCUCUGGCUCUUGUCGUCGUCCUGCUCUCAGAUCAGCCAUUUACAGACUCUGCUGUCAAACACCAUGAGGGGCAGAGGGACCUGCUCUGUACAGGUAAACUCACCCGAAACACACCUGUGUCUGACCCCGACCCUAACACUGACCCAUCACUACACCAGCAGAGAUCUGAGGAGGAUCUCUGUCUCUACAUGAAGGUCAGCUGACAACCAAACAUCUACACUGAGACACUGACCUGAAAGAAGAGAGACCAUCUACAGAGAAACUGAGACUCUGUUUACAGAGAAACUGAGACUCUGAGUAUUUACAGAAAAACUGAGACUCUGAGUACUAAUGGAUAAACUGAGACUCUGUUUACAGAGAAACUGAGAAUCUGACUGUUAACAGAGAAACAGAGACUCUGACUGUUUACAGAGAAACUGAGACUGAGUGUUUACAGAGAAACUUAGACUGAAUGUUUACAGAAAAACUGAGACUCUGAGUAUUAACGGAGAAACCGAGACUCUGUUUACAGAGAAACGGAGUCUCUGAGUGUUAACAGAGAAACUGAGACUCUGAGAGUUUACAGAGAAACUGGGACUCUGACUGUUUACAGAGAAAAAGCUGAUAUCUCAGCCUCUGUAGCAGAUAAAAACAAAUUCAAAAAGUAUUUGAGAGCUUAAAAAGAUAAUUAUCUUGCAAGCCACAUGGCUUUCAAGAUAACUAUCUUUUUAUUUUUUUUAUUUAUUUUUCACAUUAUUCAAAUCACAUUAUUGAAAACCUUGAACAAACAAACUCAAAUGAAAUAAAGCGGCUUCAUAAAUAGAAGUAAAGACUCUGCUCUGGAGAAUAGCAAACAAUUUUCUUUCUGUAAAACAAGUGGCAGUCAUGAUAAAGUGUCCAUUCAAUACAAAUGAAAAUAUAAAAAAUAAAGUGUUGAAAGGGUAUACUGCUGCCCUAGUAAAGUGCCAGUACAAAAGCAAUAACUAAAAACUCAAAAUAAGUAAGUAGUAAGUGUCUGGCAGUGUGUUCAUGUCUGUACUCACCCAAAGUCAUGCAACACUCAGAGAAAUGGCUGAUAGUGUGAGCCAAAGACCUCAAUAUGAAGAGGUUGUUCAAACCCUUUACAGACAUCGACUGGAGGUCCACCAGAUGUCUUCCUCGUCGUCCAAAAACAUUCCUCUCAUCCUAGUGUGGCCCAGACAGUUCAGAAUAGAGGUCGUCAACAUCAUCAUUUCUGUCAGUAUCACAACCUUUGUUAAGGCUGGAUGCUUCUCCUCCAAAGCUGCUCUCUGCCUCUGUGAUUGUUUGAUUUACUGAUGAAGCACAUAGCAAGAUUCAAGCAUGAAUCCGGUUGCUUUAUUAGCCUAUCAGAGGCAGACAGGUAUAACGAUUUGAAUUCAAAAUAAAUGUCCUAAAAUAAUAGAAUUAAAUUAUGACAUUUAUACACUCGUUGAAGGGGCACCACCCACCUUUUCUGGUGGGAAAAAGACUAACAAAAUUCAAUUGAGUAAUCAAAGGCUGAAUCAGUCUUAAACAGAUUUAAAUCAAUCUUACAUCUGAGGCCAGAAUUCUCAUUUCAGGGACUUCACUUCUGGAAGGACCACUAAGAGACGACAACUUAAAAUUAAAUGGACAAUAUAUUGACACAUGCUAGGUGAUAACAUAAAUUCAAUAAAUGGCAAUCAAAUAAUGAGAAACUAAAAGAACAUCUAGUGAAUAAAUAAAGGAAUGGUUUGAACUGAAACUAAGACUGGAGGUUAAUAAUAGUGAGUGAAUAAGGAAAAAUCUAACCUACGUUAACUGGGUUACGAGGAUAAAUUUGGAAGAGGAAUUGAAAGAAACUAAACUAUAGUUAAAAUUAUAAGCUCUGAAUGCUUGACAGCAUCACCGGUUCUUCAAGGUGUGUUUGCCUACUUAUUCGAUGAUGGUUCUCAGCGACAAUCUUGGAGCGGAUCACUGAAGGCCCAGGCAACAGAGGGUCUUUGCGGGGCGACUAGCAGCCGGCCGAAUGGAGUCUUUGUCGUCACACCCAAAUGCACGCGAAAUGCACCCCGUGGGUCCCACAGCGCUCUCCUUCCGGAAUCUUGUGUCAAACGCAGUGCGGCAGAUGAUGCAGGUCGGUCCUCCGGGUGUUCAGGAUUAGCUUUACUGCAGAUUAAUUCGCACUAAUAACUGGCCAGCCGAUAUUAUUCUCAGGAGUCACUUUAGCGAACUAAACAAAAAAAAGACUUAGACUUAGGUACUCUAUGUGCACAGCUGAUUACUAAUGUUUCAAAAGGAACUUGGGUAUGGUUUCAUCCAAGUUUCUGCAAAAGUCUGAAAAAUUAGGGCAAAUAAAAAAAACAUGGGAAAAAGUUACAAGACGAUGGAUGGAGACAAAAACACACGAGACAAAAAGACGGUAAGAGCAAAGAUGGUAAGAGGAUAAAUAGAGUGAGUAGCGUCAGCUCAGCGCUUUAAACCCAUUUGAUGUGGGGCGUGAACCAAAGGGGGGGGGGGGGCAAGCUCUGCACUCUUCGUUCACAGCGGGGGCUGAUCAGGCUGGCAGCGAAUUGAUUUUAACUUGCAGGAUUAAUAAGCGAGUUAGGUCUAAUUUACUCACUCACUAUGAUUUGUGCUGUUUAUCAAAUCACAUAUGAUAUAGUUUCACUUCAUCGUUUCUUAUGAGCAGUUGCAUCAAACCAUAACAUUAAAUGCAAGGUAAACUUUAAUCACCCGUUUUCCUGGUAGUCUAUAACCUGAGAAUUAAGAAGCUCUUUGAAAGUUAGAGAGGGAUGAAAACCAAGUUAUCUUUCUAACAGAAACACCAUCACGCAUAAACACAUAUGUGAUAACACUUAAUUGGAAUAUAACCUUGUCAAUCUGUACUUAGUAAAUGAUUAAAAUAUAUAUUCUGAUGAGGUAGACAAGCAUAGCGUAUAAAUGAUCAAAACAUUCUUAACUCAUGUAUAAAAGAGUUUUCAGUCACUACUUCUAAUAUUGCUUACCUAUUUUGGGAAAACCAUUCACUAAGCUACAAAGUAUACAACAGGCAACAUAAUUAAAUAAAAUAAUGACCAAAAUCAUAUUGGGAAAACACCACUAGGGGGAGCUCUUGGUCCAUAGAAAACCUGGAAUAAAUUUGUGAAGUUAGCAGUUUGGCUGAAACAUGCUGAACAAAUGGGACAAGGACUGUUUCACUGCUGAUGUGGUGUACAGAUGGAAAAUCCUGGUGAAGUGUCUAUUAAACCUGAAAUAGAAUCAUUUGCAGUUAUUUUCUUUAUUCUGCACCUAAAGAGAGUCACAGGAAAUACAGCCACUCUGAAGAUUUAUGGCUGUGGUCUGUUUCACAGAUGAAUGCUUUUGAUGCACUCUUGAGUUGAGUUCUCAUGAUCUUCUAAGGUACCUUUAAAGUUAAGGUGUCAAAUUUGAGAGUCCCCAGCCAAGAGCAGAGGAGUGAGUGUUUAUCCAGUCCGGGGGUUCUGCUGGAGAUUAGCAACUUUGUCUCUUUGAAAUGCAAAAGAUUGACUGUCUGUCUUUUGGGAGAUCACCUCUUGGUUAGUUUCCCACAGACAGGAGGUUGUAAAAGACCAUGGUUUGGUGUGGAAAUUCACCCCCCAUCUCCUUUCAGUGACCAGAGUCACUGCAUUCCUUUGAGGGUGAAUUAAAGAUGAGAAAGCAGAAACCAGUCGUCUGCUACACAGGUUUGAUGAUUUGAUUCACCACAACUCCAGAAAUGUUACAAAAUGAAGUAUCCGCGUUCCCGACUUAAAGGGGAGAAAUGUGUUCAUACUGUUUAAAUGGGUUAAUCACCAACAGGAGACAUAUAGUGUUAUUAUUAAUGUGUGUGUGUGUGUGUGUGUGUGUGUGUGUCCAUCCGUCCGUCCGUGUGUGUUUGUGUCCGUAUGUGUUGUGUGUCCGUGUGUGUGUCCGUCUGUGUGUGUGUGUUGUGUGUCCAUGUGUAUGUGUGUGUGUCGUGUGUCCACGUGUGUAUGUGUAGCUCCCCUCAGGUCCCUCCUUGUCUCUGUGUGAUCCUUCCCUCCUGAGUCUUCAGUGUGAUGAUAACGACACUCUGAAGGUUCUGAUCCAGUUCACUGCUGACCUAUCUGACCUCCCGACCUUUGACCUCCCAGACCUCCAUGACAUCAGUGAGUAGGAGCACUCGCUCUGUUGGACCAUGUGACUGAAGGACACUGUUCGAACCUCCUUGGAUCUUCUCUGUAUCAGGUCUGGUUGUGAAUGAGUCCAGACUCCUGGACCGGGUUCAGGGGGUCAUGACGUACAUCCGCUCCACGCUUACAUCAGAGCCCAAACUGGUUUCCAUGAUGACAGCGACUUUCGGCUGUUCCCGAGGUUUCCGCCUGACCUCAGAUGGCGACGGCUGCGGUGAGUCAGUUAUUGUCAUUCAUCCUCAACGCAGGGACUCCAACUCCCAUGAUGCCUCAGUGACAGUCAGUGAUCUUCUUCUCUGGUAUCUGUUCCAGUUCUGUGUCCUGCUGGAACUUUCUCCGGAGAGGGGGCGUGUCCUCUGUGUCCUCAGGGAACCUAUCAGGAUGAAAAGGGGCGGGACUUCUGCAACAGGUGUCCCAGAGGAACUUCACCUACUGGAGCAUCAUCUGUCAAUCAGUGUGAGUCUUUUCUGACUAAACCCUCCUUAUAGUGCCCCCCAAAAGGACAAAUGCUGCGUCCGAAUUGCCCGCUCGGAUACUACAUGCUACUGCUACAUACUACUGCUAGAUCCUACUCCUACAUACUAAACACGUUGGCCCAAUUCGGACACACUAUAGGCAGAGCAGCUGGUGGCGCUAGCAUCACAUGCGCUUCUACAACUUUUAAGAGGAUGAAGAAGAAGCCCGCGGUGCAUUUUGGGUCAGUAGCAUGCCCGUAGGAUGCACCGCAACCAACCUACAAUGUGGGCGUGUCUAGUAUCUGAAGUAGUAUCUGAAGUAGCAUGCUACUCGCUCCGGUGGCCAAUUCGGACAUGCUAGAUACUACUUCGACUACUACUUGGCAAUUCGGACGCAGCUAAUGUCUAAGAAAACUUCCAAAUCAGUCAUGUGACCUCUGUGUGUGUGUAUCAGGUGUUACAGAGUGUCAGAGGCGGGGUCUGCGCUGUUCAGGAGAGGGUGACUUCCUGCCAGCACAGCCUGACUUCCUGUCUGGCAGGUGGAGAUGUGUCAACAGUAAAGGGGUGGGGCUUGAUUGGACGAGUAGUGAAGAACCUCUGACUGAUGACGAGUGCUCAGGUGACUCUUCCAUGCUGCACUUUUUACUUUCUGCACAAAUGUUUCUUUUUUUGAUUUCUUAAUUUCCUGUUUUUACUUUUAUACUUCUAUAAUUUUUUAUUCUGAAUGUUUUUAAGUUACCUCGGCGCCAUGGUUCCUUCAGUUACACAGACCAGAUGUGUUGUUUGAGUGUAUUAUCCACAGGGGGCGAUCUCAGUCCACUGUUUGAGUUUUAUUUAUUUCAGAAUUAACGAUAAAGCUACCUUGAACUGUGACCUUUGAUUCUUAGCAGCCAUUCAGAGAGCAGCUUUCGUUUUUAUCACUCUAGAUUUCACUGUGAUAAAGGUGUGUGUGUGUGUGUGUGUCUCAGUUGUCAGUAGGUUUCAGCCUGUUCCUAAAUCAGAUGUGAUUGUCAGAGCUGAAAACGCUGAAAUCCUGCAAAGAUUGACCUCUGACCUCACAUCCUGCGUCAAAGGUAAAACACACAAACACACACACUCUCACGCUCACAUACACAUACACUCUCACGCUCACACACAUACACAGUCGUGGCCAAAAGUUUUGAGAAUGACACAAAUAUUGAAUUUUCACAGGUUCUGCUACUUCACAGUUUUCAGGGAGUUUUGUCAGAUAAUUCUAUGGUAUACUGAAACACAAUUUCAAGCAUUUCAUAAGGAUCAAAAGCUUUUAUUGAAAAUUUCACAGAGUUAAUGCAACAAGUCAAUAUUUGCAGUGUUGACCCUUCUUUUUCAAGACAUCUGCAAUUCUCCCUGGCAUGCUGUAAAUCAACUUCUGGACCAAAUCCUUACUGAUGGCAGUCCAUUCUUGCGUAAUCAAUGCUUGGAGCUUGUCAGAAUUUGUGGGUUUUUGUUUGUCCACUCGCCUCUUGAGGAUUGACCACAAAUUUUCAAUGGGAUUAAGAUCUGGGGAGUUUCCGGGCCAUGGACCCAAAAUCUUUAUGUUUUGUUCCCCCAGCCAUUUAGUUAUUACUUUCGCUUUAUGGCAAGGGGCUCCAUCAUGCUGGAAAAAGCAUUGUUCAUCACCAAACUGGUCUUGGAUGGUUGGGAGAAGCUGCUCUUGGAGGACGUUCUGGUACCAUUCUUUAUUCAUGGCUGUGUUUUUUGGCAUGAUUGUGAGAGAGCCCACUCCCUUCACUGAGAAGCAACCCAACACAUGGAUGGUCUCAGGAAAUUUGACUGUUGGCAUCAGACAGGACUGAUGGUAGCGCUCACCUCGUCUUCUCCGGGCUUUUUUCCAGAUGUCCCAAACAAUCGGAAAGGAGAUUCAUCUGAGAAAAUCACUUUACCCCAGUCCUCAGCAGUCCAAUCCCUGUACUUUUUGCAGAAAAUCAGUCUGUCCUUGAUAUUUUUUCUGGAGAGAAGUGGCUUCUUUGCUGCCCUUCUUGACACCAGGCCUUCCUCCAAAAGUCUUCGCCUCACUGUGCGUGCAGAUGCACUCACACCUGCCUGCUGCCAUUCCUGAGCAAGCUCUGCACUGGUGGCGGCCCGAUCCCGCAGCUGAAACAACUUCAGGAGACGGUCCUGGCACUUUGUGGACUUUCUUGGGUGUCCUGGAGCCUUUUUGGCAACACUUGAACCUCUCUCCUUGAAGCUCUUGAUGAUCCGAUAGAUGGUUGACUGAGGUGCAAUCUUAGUAGCUGCUAUAAACUUUCCUGUUAGGCCCUUUUUUGUGCAGUGCAAUGAUGACUGCACGUGUUUCCUUGCAGGUAACUAUGGUUAACAGAAGGGGAACAAUGAUGUUAAGCGCCAUCCUCCUUUUGAAGUGUUGAGUCUGUCACUUUAACGCAAUCAUGACAGACUGAUCUCCAGCCUUGUCCUCAUCAACACCCACAUCUGUGUUAACAAGGAUUCAUGUCAUUGAAAUGAUGUUAGCUGGACUUUUUGUGGCAUGGCUAAAAUGCAGUGUAAAUGUGUCUUGGGGAUAAAGUUCAUUUUCAAUCUAAAGAGGGACUUUGCGAUCAAUUGCAAUUGAGCUGGUCACUCUUCCUAACAUUCUGGAGUAAGUGCAAAUUGGCAUUAGAAAAAUUGAAGCAGCAAAUUUUGUCAAAAUCAAUAUUUGUGUUAUUCUCAAAACUUUUGGCCACGACUGUACACACACACACAGACCUAAUGAGGUAUUAUCUGUCUUUAUGAAAUGAUGAAGGUCCAAAUUAAACUCCAUAAAGGACAGUUUUGUGAUUUACUUAGUGCUGAUUUUCUGUAUAGGGUUUGGUGGCUUUGUAAAAUAGGUUGGAUUGAUACUGGAUUUAAAAAAAAAAUGAUUACAAUAAAAAUCAAACAUGAACUUUUUAUUAAUUAUCUUCAUAGAAUUGGUCAAACUUCAUCCUGAUGUCUCUAGUGUUCAGGUUCUUACAGUCCAGAUUCUGGUCCUUCAAAAUUCUCGAGUCUCACUGAGUCGUUGCUUCUGCUGACUCUGUUUUCUUUGUUUCAAUCUCAGCCUGCGCAGAAGAGCCUUCCUGCCACCAUGUGGCACUGUUCAACGGACAGACUCAUUGUGAACUGUACAGCACACACACACUAAACACACAUUGCAACACCUCCCAACAGGUAAACACCUGCUGCUGCUCUGCCCACCUCCGCACCAGCUCCUCCUCUUUACACUGUCUCUUAUUUUACCUGUUGUCUUUGCUGCUGCUCUUCCCACCUUUGCACCAGCUCCUCCUCUCUACGCUGUCUCUGAUUUUCACUGUCCUCUUUUCAGCUGCUCUCCGCGCCUCCACACAGCUCCUCCUCCCUACACUGUCUCUGACUUUACCUGUCAUCUUUGCUGCUGCUCUCCCUGCCUCCACACUAGCUCCUUCUCUCUAUGUGUUUCUUAUUUUACCUGUCAUCUUUGCUGCUGCUCUGCCCACCUUUGCUCCUCCUCUCCAAGCUGUCUCUGAUUCGCUGUCCUCUUUUCAGCUGCUCUCCCCACCUCCACACAAGCAACUUUUCUCUAUGCUGUUUCUGAUCUUACCUAUUGUCUUUGCUGCUGAUCUCCCUGCCUCCACACCAGCUCCUCCUCUCUACGCUGUCUCUGGUUUUACCUGUCAUCUUUGCUGCUGCCUUCCCUACCUCCACACCAGCUCCUCCCUUCUAUGCUGGUUUUAAUUCUACCUGUCAUCCUUGCUGCUUCUCUGCCCGCCUCCACACCAGCUCCUUCUCUCUAUGCUGCUAUUAAAUUUACUGGUUGUUUUUGUUGCUGCUCUCCCCACCUCAACACCAGCUCCUCCUCCCUAUGCUGUUUCUGACUUUACCUGUCAUCUUUGCUGCUGCUCUCCCUGCCUCCACACAAGCUCCUUCUCUCUACUUGUUUCUUAUUUUACCUGUCGUCUUUGCUGCUAUGCCCACCUUUGCACCAGCUCCUCCUCUCUACGCUGUCUUUGAUUUUCGCUGUCCUCUUUUCUGCUUCUCUCCCCGCCUCCACACCAGCUCCCCCCUUCAACUCUGUCUCUGAUAUUACCUGUCCCCUUUUCUGCUGCUCUCCCCACCUCCACACCAGCUCCUCCUCUCAAUGCUGUCUCUAAAUUUAACCUGUCGUCUUUGCUGCUGCUCUCCCCUCCUCCACACAAGCAACUUCUCUCUAUGCUGUAUCUGAUCUUACCUAUUGUCCUUUCUGCUGCUAUCCCCGCCUCCACACCAGUUCCUCCUCUCUACGCUGUCUCUGAUUUUACCUGUUGUAUUUGCUGCUGCUUUCCCCAACACCACACCAGCUUCUUCUCUCUACGCAGUCUCUGAUUUUCGCUGUUGUCUUUGCUGCUGCUCUCCCUGCUUUAGAUUUUCAUAUGUGUUUAUCAAUCACAGGAAGGUCAUCCCUUAAAAUGACCACAUUAAAAAUGACUAUUGGUAACACUGACUGUGACACCGCCCUUUUACUCAUGCAGGUGGAGGAGUGUUGAGCUCUUUUUAUCUGUCCUGACCAAAGACUGUAUAUAGAUUGGACAGAGUCUGCCUCCUCGCUGGGUGAAGCCACUGCGAGAACAGCACCCUCUGUUGAUGGGCUGCAGUAUAGGUCAUAAAUCCCGCCUCCGCCAGCAAGGCUUAUGGAGCUGUGGACAAACUUUAGAAAUUUAUUACACAGAAUAUAAAUUAUUCUCCCCCCUGCUUUUGGUGUUGACAUGUAGUUACUGUAAGACUGGUUUGUGCUCAAGUCCUCUUUUUUCUGUGAAGCUUCGUUUUUAAAAGUUAUUAGGGGUGGUCAUGUUUGCUAUGACUGACACCUGAUACAGCCUAUGGGCGUUCAGGGAUUGCGUAGCUCUCCCGGGGGCAUACGCUGUUUGAGCCGAGCGUCAUCACAGUGACUCUCUGCGACUGCACGGCCGAAUGCGCACAACGCUACUGCACAGCGCUGGUUUCAGGAAAUGAAGAAAAAUCCCGGAAAUACCGAGAGCUUUUUGGCUUCAAAUCCGUAUACAGGCGGUAGGCGGAAGAAGGUUGUCCAUAGUAUAUACAGUCUAUGGUCCUGACUGAAUCGUUGAUGUUGAUCACAUGACCUUUUAUUUCAGACCAGUGGAUUUCUGGGUAAUCCUCAGGCUGAGCUUUUCGAUUCGCUGAGCUGCUCUGUGAGAGUAAGGGGCGGAGCUUCAGAUCUCGUGGUCAUCAGAAAGAAAGGUACUGUCAGCUAACCUCAGGUGACUGAAAAUAAAAUCAUAAUCCACUUAUUCAGUUUUUGUUACAGGUGUGUUCAGGUGUGCUUAGGUGUGUGCGUACCUGUGUGUGUCUCAGGGGCUGAGUUUUCCCUGCAGAAGCAGCAGCAGCAGAGUUUUGAGAGGAUGAGGAUGAAGAAGGUGGUGUCAGGUGUGUUCAGGACUCAGGUGUUCUCCUCAGCGCAGACCUCUCUGUCUGAUGCUCAUCGUUUCUGUCAGGACGGCUGUCGCCGCGACACCUGCUGUGACGGGUUCAUCCUCAACCAGAACGUCCUGAACGGCGGUACGUUACCAUGGAGACAAACCACACCUUAGUGAGCAGCUGCAUGAAUGAAUGAAAGAGGAUGUAGGUGAACGGAUGAAUGAAUGAAACCUCUCUGUCCCACCCUCUUAGGUUCCCUGCUCUGUGGUUGGCUGAGCGCUCCGUCAGUCUUGAUGUGCGGGGAUGAGGACUGGGAUGUUACAGGACAGGGACAAGCCAAUCGUAUCUGCGGGGCGGGGCUUACAUACAACGAGCAGCAGAAGAGCUUCGUGUUCGACUUUGGGGGUCAAAACUUCAUUAUCAGUAAGAUAGAGAGUUCGACUUACAAAGUUCUGAGUUUUAGCACAGGUCAAGUUCUGAUAGGCUGUAUUGGGACAAUGGAAAAAGUGUCUAGAAAGUGAAUUUCGUUCCACUACGCUGGUGCUACUUGUUCAAUGCAUUUUUGCAUAGACAAUACCCUUCCGGACUUUGGGUUAACUAUCUACUCAGACUAUCUGUCCGACUUUUGUCACCAGCCAGAAAUGUACAUGUUUGUGAGUAACACAAAAAGCAAUUAUAUGGUGCUGCUGUAUUUGCUUGUAGAAACUGCUAUGUUGAUUCUGGCAAGACAAAAUCUUUCUCAAAUGUCAUAAAUACAUCUACCUAACAUCUGAAACAGUUAUUGGUGCCUUAGUUAACGCAUAAGUGAAUUCAGAUGAUGAAAUGUAGCAAAUUUCUUGAAGAAAACGUCUCAACUAAAGUGAUUUGCACCCAGCACAAUGAAAUAUAUAAAGUAAAUUUAGCUAAAAGCUUCAUACUUAAAAAUGACACAACCUACUGUGUAAUAAAAGCAAUAAAAUAUGAACAGCACACCAUGGCCAUAAAUGGCUGAAAAUCAAUCAAAUUGCUACCACGCCCCCCAAAAUUGGACUAAUGGAAAAAAUGUAACAAGACAAAAAUAAAUGCACAAAAGGUCUGAAUUAAUUCACAAUAUGGUAUAAAACAUUUAUUCAAGUAUCACAGUGUCAAAACAUUUGACAUUUAUCAAUCCCUCCAGAGUAUGAAAAUAAAGAUCAAAACACAAACGCAGACAAAUGUAGAACAAACAUAAAAAUAAUAAAAAUCUCAAAUCUCGGUGUAGCAAUCCUUUAAACAAAAAAAAAUUGUACAUGGUGACAUGGUCACUAUUUGUCAUUUUUAUGUAUGAAACAUAAGCUUUUAGCUAAAUUUACUGUAUAUAUUUCAUUGUGCUGGGUGCAAAUCACUUGAGACGUUUUCUUCAAGAAAUUUGUUACAUUUCAUGAUCUGAAUUCACUUAUGCGUAUACUAAGGCACCAAUAACUGUUUCAGAUGUUAGGUAGAUGUAUUUAUGACAUUUGAGAAAGAUUUUGUCUUGCCAGAAUCAACAUAGCAGUUUCUACAAGACAAAAACAGCAGCACCAUAUAAUUGUUUUUUGUGUUACUCACAUAUAUGUACAUUUCUGGCUGGUGACAAAAGUCGGACAGAUAGUCUGAGUAGAUCUUUAACCCAAAGUCCAGAAUGGUAUUGUCUAUGCAAAAAUGCAUUGAACAAGUAGCACCAGCGUAGUGGAACGAAAUUCACUUUCUGGGCACUUUUUUCCUUUGUCUCAAUACAGCCUAUGACCUCGAGCGAAGAUGCCGUGGACGUGGAUGCAUCGGCAAUGCUGGCUGAAGGGUUUGACUGACCCGCGGCUGCAUCACGUUCUUGUUUCUUUUCGGCCAAACUCAAACGCUUAUAGCAAAUUAAUCGCUGGUAGCAUGUCAUGUGAAACCCAGCGUCAUCAGGAACAUUGUCAAAGUCGAUAUCAAUGCAAUCUUUAUAAGUUUCUGUAAGGUCCUUUGUCUCACCCUGUAGAGAAAGCCACUUUCUAAUACUAGUUCUGUAAGUUUCCCAACGUGUCUUUGUAAAGUCGAGAACGUCUUCACUCUGGACAGAUGAUAGAUGCAUACAGCAUCGUUUCGUUCCUUUUUUAUGCACUUUUGAAGGCUGUUUUCUUUUUUUCCUUUUCUUUUCUUCCUCUUCAUUUGUCUCACUGCUAGAUGCGCUCGUCGCCAUGUUUGUGUUGUUCUGAUACUAUGGCAACAUGACUCGGCUCCUAUUGGUCCACGUGACAUAAAUCGCUUCACCCCUUUGCAUAUUCGAUUGCACGUGUGCAAGUAUCACUAUGCCACAGAAAGGAAAUAGUUUGACACCGAAACACUGAUUACUAAAAAUCGGCUGGAUGACAUGAGUAGAUUUUUUUUAGUACUUACUAACAAUAGAGCUAUUUUAUGAAUCACAGUUUAUGUUGCACCACUGAAGUGGAACGAACCAACACGAUCUCAUUUAGCCAGUACAGUCUAUGACUGGUUCUUGUUUCAGUGGACUCCGCUCUGCCGGCUGAGAGUAAGAACAAGAAGGACUACCAGGCUGCCAUCAUCAAGUUCCAGGCCGUCUACCUAAACACAGGUAUGCUGAUAUAUGUGUGUAUGUGCAACUUUACCUUUAAUGUAACAGAGACUCAAAGAGACAGAACCCAAUAUUUAGAAACUGGACAAAAAGGAACUUUUUAGGAAUCCAGCAGUCAGUUAGAAACAGUCCUGACCCUCACCCUGACCCUGACCCUGACCCUAACCCUCACCCUGACCCGGACCCUCACCCUCACCAUGACCCUCACCCUCACCCUAACCAUGACCCUCACCCUGACCCAAACUCUCACCCUGACCCUGACCCUAACCUUAACCCUAAGCCUCACCCUGACCCCAACCCUCACCCUAACCAUGACCCUCACCCUGACCCAAACUCUCACCCUGACCCUAACCUUAAUCCUAAGCCUCACCCUGACCCCAACCCUAACCAUGACCCUCACCCUGACCCAAACUCUCACCCUGACCCUGACCCUAACCUUAACCCUCACCCUCACCCUCACCCUAGCCCUGACCCUUACCCUCACCCUCACCCUAACCUUAACCUUAAAGUUCCCAGGAAGAUCUGACAGCACCGACUCUCUCCACAGUCACACAGCAUAGGAAGAGGCAGCGGGAGGGAGGACCCAAAUACAAAAGAACAGCUCAGGGAUUCAGAGGUACAACAACAACAACAACAACUGUUGUUGAACACAGGAACCAAAAGACAGACAAACAGGAGAGGAGGAACUUACAGAGAUACCAGGAACCAGCUGAAGAGAAGGGACCCAAAUGCAGACAACACUAGAGUGUUUCACAAAGAGACGACAGGAGUCUUCUUAAAGGUCACUCAACUAAAACUGAACAGAAGAAGUAAGAACCAAAAUGCAGACAAACAAGAAUAGAUUGGAAAUUAAAAGGUAAAAAGAAAACGUCAUUAGAUAUGUUUGAGAGUCCCAAAGAUGAUAAAGAUGCAGCUGGAUUAAGAACCCAAAUACAGAUUCACAAUCAGGAGGAAAUUAUUCGGGGGGGUUCUUUUUUUUUUUCUUUUUUUUGUUUACUGUUGUUUGUUUGUUUGUUUGUUCAGAUACCUUUUCAGCAGCUGGUGGCUCUAGUUCCUCUUCCUGUGCAGCAGCAGCAGAACUCCGACCUCCUCUGGAUGGUUCGUAUCAGAAACAUGAAACUCCUGAUUCAGAUCUUUGACUGACAAAAUGAAAACCGAAAAACAGAAAAAAUGAGUCUGUAUUUUUUUUUAAUCUAAGGUCUUUGUAAAGAUGUAAAUCUGUGUUCUCAGCUUCGGUUCAGCAGAAGUUUAAGUCUCUGUCAGAAGAUGAUGUUCUCGUGGAUCCUCAAAGGAAACUCUCAGUGCUCUCCUUCCUGCUCAACAAGAACAACUACAACUCCCAGCAGGCUUUGCUCUGGUGCCUCACACGUACGUCACAAACCCUGAGAGACAGUCAGCAGUGGUAGUUUAUGAAUCAAACAGACUGAAUUCAAGUGUGUGUGUGUGUGUGUUUUAUUGUGUGUGUGUGUGUGUGUGUGUGUUCCAGGUUGUGACUCAGAGCCGCUCUGCGCCGUCGCUGACCUCAGAGACUCGGACGCUCCUGGAUUCGUCAGUUGCUCUCUUCUCCCCGACAGCAGAGUCUGUGGAGCGUACGACAAACCGCUGAGACGCCCCUGUCGCCCCCUGCUGGACAGAAGUCCCAGUCAUACCUACAGAAAGAAGGGUAAGAACAUCACUGCUGGAGCUGCAGGUGGAGGGGUAGGUGGAGCAGGUGGAGCUGCAGUUGGAGGACUGUUGUGAGCGACUGUGUUUGUAUUUUCAGUGGAUCUGUCCGGAGCUGUGAAGAGCUUCUACCAGAGAGUUUCCUUCCAGAAGAUGGUUUCUUAUUCUGUACGCAGCCGAGUCAGCAUGUCUGGAGACACACCGCUGUCUGAUGGGUAACACACACACGCACGCACGCACACAGAUGGUUUUUGGUGGACUCCUUUAGACCUUCUUGUCUGGAGACCUUUCCUCAGACAGUUUGUAAAGACCAGGUUAAACUGAUGGAGACUUUUGGACAUUAAACUCCAAUGAGUGUGUGUGUGUGUGUGUGUGUGUGUGUGUGUGUGUGUGUGUGUGUGUGUGUGUGUGUGUGUGUUCAGGUUCAGGGAAUGUGAGCGCCGAUGUGAUGAAGAUCCUUGUUGUCGUGGGAUCGGUUUUGUCCGAGACACCAAAUCAGCAGGUAACCCUCAUCCUCCUGUUUGUUUGAAAUCAUUAAAUCAUUUUAUUUUAAUUUAUUUGUUUAAUUCCAGUUUAUUUGAGUGAAUCUUAUUUGAAGAGCAUGCUUCAAAGGGCUUUAUUUUAGCACUUUAUUUUCUGUAACACACACACACACACACACACACACACACACAAACACCACACACACACACACACACACACCACCACCACCACACGCACACACACAAACACAAAUGAGAUAGAAUUUUGAACAGAUAGUUUUGAACAGAUAUUUGUAUUUCUCAAUUGCAGAAAUCCUUCAAUAGAAAAACACAAUCCUGAGGGCCAUUUUGAGAAGGCCCCAGAUCUGAGGUUUUCUGUGUUAAGGUUCAUCUCUGUUCUCACCCAAAGUCAUGCAACACUCACAGUAAAACGCUGAUAGUGUGAGCCAAAGCACUCCAUAUGAUAUGAGGUUGUUCACACUGCUGGAUGUUUCUUCUCUGAAGCUGCUCUCCGCCUCAGUCAUUGUUUACUUUACUCAUGAAGCUCAUCAAGCACUUAGCAAGAUCCGAGCAUGAACCCGAGCGCUUUAUUCGCCUAUCAGAGGCAGACGGGUACGGUGAUUUGAUUCACCACGACUCCAGAAAUGAUUAAAAAACUACAGAAUGUUACAAAAUGACGUAUCCGCGCUUCCGGCAGAGUAGAAAUGCGCAGCCCGCACUCUCUGAUAUGCUGACAUGCGUACACAGAGCAGAGCUGUCCCCCCCGCGACCCUCUCCCCGCCUCGUCUCAUACAGUCUGUCAGCCUCUGUGCAGCACCUUCAGAGCAAGCAGGGGCGCCUACAGCAGCGGGGGGGGGGGGGGGGGGUCAUGACACAAAUGCCGCCCCGGGCGGCUGCCCUGUUCGCCCGUGCCUAGAACCGCUACUGAGUCAGUGAGAUGUGCGCCAUGAUCUGAACUUUGACCUUCAUUUCCCACAUAAACGUUCUGUAUCCUGGAGUAUUUUAGAUUCUUAGACAUCAGUGAGUAUUCCAGGGAUCUCAAACUAAUCCCAGAGGAUUUGGACUCGGUUCAGGAGUCCCGGUCCGGCUGCUCUCCCUCUUGUUUAGUCCUUGCUCCGUGGUUUCAGUCUUUCCUGAAGUCCCUCAGUUUUUAAUCUGUUUGACACAAAGUGAAGAUCAUUUUGGAUUUGAACAACCUCAGAGAUUUUUACACUGAGACGUUAAAUUGUUUUACGUCUUUUAAAAUUGUACACUUAUCAUGAACCUUCACUGCUGACAUAUGGAAGCGAUUUUGACUCAUAUCUCAAAUUCAAAAGCAUUAGCAGAAAUGCGUUUUCAUUUCAGUCAUGGCUGCAAUAUUUGACUCAAAAAUAAAAAUAAAAAGCAAUAUUCCAAAAUGCAUUUUCAUUUUCUUCUUCAAGACUGCCCAUUCUGUGACAAAAUUGAAAAGAAAAAACAAACUCAGAAAUGCUUUUUCGUUUUCGUGCUCGCCCCGCAAAAAGUGUCUCAUAAUUCAAUCUGAUUCGCAAUCUCAAGUGGCGCCAGGAAGUGACGUCACAGACCCGACUUGUUCUGGCCCCUUCUGGCCGAUAGGGGGCAGUGAAUCCGUGUAUCAUUGAAUGAAUUCAAACUGCGGAUCGCGGCUAUCUGUUUCAGCGGACUAAUGGACUUUAUACUCCUCAUUGUUCUCAUCACUGAUCGAUGGAUUUGGGAUAUUUUGCAAGUAAAGGGUCAUAAACACAGUGAGAAACAGACAAAAUGGUCAUAGAGAUGCUUUAAAAAUACAUGGCACGGAGGCAGAAUCACUGCAGUCUCUGUCCGUGUUAACCUGUGACUGUAUGCAGAUGUCAGCGGUGUGUCAGGUGUGCUGGUCCUUUUACUCACGCACUUACAGCAUGGAGACGUGGACUCUCCACAUUUUAUCUUCAGUGGACUAACCUGUGACAACCUGUACUCUAAUACAGGGGUGAAAGUUGGAUGAGGUUCUUACUGUACCUGUAGGCUUCGUACAAGAGGAGCACACCCAAGUUUGAUUGAUUUAUUGAUUGAUUGUUCAAAUGAUCCUUAGUCGGCACCUUGUCAAAUUUUUAUUUAUAUAGCGCCAAUUCAUAACAGUCGUCAUCUCAAGAUGCUUUUCAAAAACAAGAGCAGGUCUAGACCACGCUCAUAGUUUGAUGAUCAAGAACCAACCUAAGAUGGGUUUUGGCCCAUCUCAACUAACAUGAGUAGCAGUGGCAAGGAAAAACUUCCUUUUAACAGGCAGAAACCUUGGGCAGGACCAGCCUCAUGUUAGACAGCCACCAUGCCGCUGCUGGGUUGGGGAGGAAUGUAGAGAGCAACAGCUCAUGUAAUGGUGAAACAAAAUGAGUUCAGUUUACAGGGUUAGGAUAUGAGUGAUUAUGGACAAUGUUAAAUUAAUUAAAUGUGAUUACAGUCAGCAGGCCUACUCGUAGACAGCUCUAGUUUAUGUUAUUAAUGUCAGUAAUGUCAGUGAGGCUGAUGUUCAUGUUCAGGUCUGCAGCAGCCAUCAGUCCGGAGCAACCAGGGGGCAGGGGGUGUCUGCAGCAAUGGUCCAGAGGAGCCAAAGAGAUGGAGGAGCUCAGGGCCCAGGGUGGACAAUCAGGGAUGAUGCAGCUGGGGUCAGGCAGUUCCACAGUAGACCGUCUGCGGCAUUAGUCCAGUGGAAGCUAAGAGACUCAGAGACACUCAGAGAGACAGAAAACUGGUUAGUGACUUAUAUGGGACAUAAAGAUCUAAAGAAGAGAUAGAGACAGACUCUAGCUCAGAGUGCCAGAUAGCCCAGGCAGUCUAGACCUAUAGCAGCAUAACUAAGAGCUGGCUCAAAUCAGCCCAGACUACAAGCUUUAUCAAAGAGGAACGUUUUAAGUCUACUCUUGAAAGUUGAGAGGGUGUCUGCCCCCCGAACCUCGAGCGGUAAAUGAUUCCAGAGGAGAGGUGCCUGGUAGCUGAAAGCUGUUCCUCCAGUACUACUUUUAGAGACAUUUGGUACAAUGAGCAGAACAAGAACAAUAAAGAAAGUUGCACACUCUUAUCUCCUAUGCUGUUUUAUUACCUUACCAUUUCAGAUACUGUACCCCUGAAAUAAACUUUGCAACAACAUACACAAAAUUCAACAUCGAGGCAUGCUGCUGCAGUGUUCGAGCUGUGAGCUGCACAGAAGCAAGCUAACAGCAUACAGUACAGGUGCUCCUCAACAAAUAAGAAUAAAUAUAUUCUCAUUUAUUGAGAUGGGAUACUUGAAUACACUGUGCAACAGAAGCCUGCAGAUGACUUUGAAAUUAGAAUAUUUUUAGUCCACUGAAGAUAAAAUGUGGCGAGACCAUUCAAUUUGACAUUUCAAAUUGAAUUUUGUUACUUGUUUGCUGGUGAAUGUUUUGAAAAUUAAAUGUUAAAUGUGAUUUGCUUUUGCUUUUUAAUUCAGUCACAAAAUGAGCAGUCUUGAAAAAGAAAAUGAAAUUGCAUUUUGGAAUAUUGCUUUUUAUUUUUAUUUUUGAGUCAAAUAGUGCAGCCAUGACUUUGAAAUGAAAAAGCAUUUCUGCUAAUGCUUUUGAAAUUGAGAUAUGAGUCACAAUUGCUUCCAUACUGACAGGCCGAACUCUAACUCUUUAUUCAUAUGAACGGUGAGUCUUUAUCAAACAUCGGUCUAAACAAUCCUGUACCAGCCAGCAGGUUUUGGAUUAAUUGGAGUCAGCUUGUUGUGGGUUCAAGGACGACAUUUGUGUCAGCUGUUAUCUUUUUGGCUUCACAGAAUUCAUAAACCAACAAUAAAAGCUGUCGCAGCACUGGAUCCACAUUAUUAGGAUGAUAUUAAAGUCAGCAGUAAAUGGGCAUGUUUUGUGUGUUUUCACUGUGUGUGUGUUUUCACUGUGUGUGUGUUUUCACUGUGUGUGUUUUCACUCUGAGCUCUAUUUUCAUGCCUCACCGGCGGCGUGGCAUUGGUGCGGCAUAAGUCAGGUCUGCCGUGCCAACGAGGCAUGCCCAAGCACAUUUUGGUAUUUUCGUGAGCAGCGCAGCACGGCGUAAGUAUCCCCCCUCCCUAACUCAGCUCCUCCCAGCGGUGUAAGUCGUAGAGAGGGAGGAGAGAAGGUGUGGAGUGAGUUUAACACAGCCGAGACCUGUUUUCGCCAAUCAGAGCAGCUCCUCUUCUCACCUUUAAAUCCGACACCAGCGAGGUGUAUUACAAUUUUCGUGAAGUAGUUCAAGAGAUCAAGAGAUGUCUGAAGACAGCAAUGCCACACGAUGGCACCAGAAGGCAGCCCCUCAACAAGUGUAGCUGUAAGCGCUGCAGAGGGCGUCCUCCACACUGUCUCAUAUAAGCACAGAUGGAUUUGGUGUGUGUAAGGUUGGACCCACUGGUAAGACAAACACCCUUUUCCAGAAAUAAAGUUGCAUAUAUUCAAACCUCACGUGACAAAGGUGGGUUGAGCGCACAGAUCACAACAUAAACUCCAAUAAUGGCAUUAAAAUCUGAACCACAUGUGCGUAAAUGACGCAUCGCACUCCGUGGCCUGGCUCUUUCUUUCAUAGAUGUUGGCAUAUAAAAUUAAUUUUGCUCAUGCAAAUGAAAAUUAUAAUAUUCGUAUGUAAACCUAACUCCGGAUUAAAUAUUCACAGAAUUUUAAGGAUGUGAGGACAUUAGAUAAACGGGCUAUUUUGAAUGAAAGUUUCUUUUACUUUUUUGUUCAAAUUUUUUAAGUUAAUAACUCAUCUGAUCACUAAAAUAAAUCCUCUGACCAGCCUUGCCGCCACAGCAUCAGGACGGGGAGAGAACACACAGACAUGUCCAGGUCAAGCUGCGUGAGAAAAAAGGGGGAAGAGAGAAAGGGGGACGACUUAAAUAUCUUGUAAACUUCACGUGUGUCUAUUUACUAGAUAUUUAAUUUAAUUUAAUGCGGUUUCAGCUGUGUUAAUUCGGUCAGGUUGUGUGUCACAUGCAAAACGUGCUCAUCAGAUCAGAUAUAGAUCAGAAUAUAUCGAUAUAGAUCAGAAUAUAUCUAUAGAUCUAAAUGUAUCUCGGUGCGCCUCAGUCCAUGAAAAUACCAAAUUGGCUAUGCACCGGGCUCCGCCAGACAACGAUACCAAUGUGAGGGGUGUGCCACCCUCCACCACACCGCCGGCGGACAUGAAAACAGAGCCCUCAGUGUGUUUUCACGGUGUGUUUUCACUGUGUGUGUUUCACUCUGUGUAUGUUUUCACUGUGUUUGUGUUUUCACGGUGUGUGUUUUCACGGUGUGUGUUUUCACUCUGUGUAUGUUUUCGCUUUGUGUGUGUGUUUUCACUCUGUGUGUAUUUUCACUGUGUGUGUGUUUCAGGAGGUUCAGACCUGGUCUGUCUGUCUCUGAUCAGUCUCGGGGUUCAGACCUGUGCUGAAGACGACUCGACCACCUGGAGGAGUCAGGACUGUAAACCGUCUGUGAUAAAGACCACACCGGACCCGUUUGGAUGGUACCAGAAACCAGGUACUACCAAAAACACCACAUCUUCAUGAAGACAAUAAUAACUCUAAAUCUGAUUAAACAUGUGAUUUUUAGUUCUAAAACCUUUUUUUUAAGUUGCUUUAAAAUCAUUGCAUCUUUUUAAAAAUAUCUCAUAUUAAAAUUUUACUUUUUUUAAAUCUCAGAACUUUUUUACAGAUUUAUUUUAAAGUUUUUAAAAAUUCACCACGAAGAGAGUCAAACAUGUUAACAUGGGUCUCUAUGGGGACUGACUUACUUUAGAAGGCAGCCUGUAGUGGACACUCAUGGAACUGCAGGUUUGGAUCAGUGUGUGACAGUGUGUGUUUGUGAUGUUAUGUUUGUGAUGUUGUGUAUUUGUGUGUUUGUCUGCUCAGUGAAUCAGUGGAGCUCGUCUCCGGCGCUCUGUCCUCCGUUUAAUCUCCUGUCCACAAAAAGCAACGGUGAGUCCAAAAACUGUAAUACUAUCACAGUAUUACUGCUAAUACUGCAGUUCUACAGAACAUUAUCAGGUACUACUGCAGUUCUACAGAACAUUGUAAGGUACUAAUGCUGCAGUUCUACAGAACACUAUCAGGUACUAAUAUUGCAGUUCUACAGAACACUGUCAGGUACUAAUACUGCAGUUCUACAGACCACUAUCAGGUACUAAUACUGCAGUUCUACAUAACACUGUCAGGUACUAAUACUGCAGUUCUACAGAACACUAUCAGGUACUUAUACUGCAGUUCUACAGAACACUCUCAGAUACUAAUACUGCAGUUCUACAGAACACUAUCAGGUACUUAUACUGCAGUUCUACAGAACACUCUCAGAUACUAAUACUGCAGUUCUACAGAACACAGUCGGGUACUAAUACUGCAGUAUUGAUGUCCUCAGUGUCUCUGGACCAGUGGACACUCCUCUCUCUGUCUUCGGUUCUGGUCGAUCCGUCUCUCUCUCAGUAUGAUGUCAUCCAUGUCAGCCGGGACAUCGCAAGCGACCCCGAGAAAACAAGAGACUGGUGUCUCCAUGGUAACCACCACGAAUAAACUAGCACAACAAAACAUUGUUUACUUUUUAGGACUCACCCCCUCACUUCCUCUUCACUUCCUGUUUACUUCCCGUGUCAGCCUGUCAGGAGGCGGAGUCUUGUGCUGCCGUGUCACUGAAUGAGGUGGAGUCAGCAACUCGCUGCGUCCUCUAUCCUGACACAACAGCCUGUGGAUUAAGCUCCUCCCCCACCUCAAACAGCCCCUCCUAUUCCUGCAGGCUGGUUCUCAGAGAGCCCGCCCCUCAGGUCUACCUGAGGACAGGUGAGUUACCAUGGAGCAGGAACUAUCAGCCGUCUGGUCUAAACUCGUCAUCUCCACUGCACGGUCUUGUUUUCUUUUCAGAGCUGUUGCCAAUGGUUACAUCUGUCUCCAUCCCCGGUCAUGGCGUCCUUCAGGGUGUUGCCAUGGAAACCUCGAUUGGCUCCGAAAAAAAGACCAUUGUUCAGUUCCUGGGAAUCCCUUAUGCCCGUCCACCAAUCGGAUCGCUCCGCUUUGAAGCAGCACAGCCAGCUGAUUGGAGCAGGACCUGGGACGCCACCGCACCUCGGUACAUACCUGUCCUAACACCGUCCAUCUGUCCACCUACCUGUCCUAAAACCAUCCAUCUGUCGGCCUACCUGUCCUAACACUGUACCUGUCCCAACACCAUCCAUCUGUCCACCUACCUGCCGCAACACCGUCCAUUUGUCCACAUACCUGUCUCAACACCAUCCAUCUGUCCACCUACCUGUCCCAACACUGUCCAUCUGUCCACCUACAUGUCCCAACACCGUCCAUCUGUCCACAAAGCUGUCCUAGCACCAGUGGCGGUUCUACACUACAUUACUCCCCGGGCGAGACCCCCCCCCCCCCCCGAGCGUUUUGAGAAGCUCCUCUCUGCUUGAGCCACCGUGACUGGCAGAGUGAGAGCAAUCCUGAGAGCAGUCCAAAAGUUGGGAUAGAUCUCUGAUAGAUCCUUAUCAUCCAUGAAAGUGAUCAGCUCAAGGAGGCUCAUGGUUUUUGAUGGCAGGUCAGGGAAGCUCUUGAUUUCCUGCACAAGCUGUGUACAGUCUAAAUCUGAGUCCCCUUCAAAGGACAGUGUGGUGCCUAGUGCCUCACAUUGUUCUUCCAGCUCCUUGACUUCCAGACUUGGGAAACUAGUCAGAACGCUGAAUGUGUUUCCGACAUUUUCCAAUGUGGAAAACCUCUCAGUGAUGGCUUAUGUGGCAGCAUCAACAACAACAUUGAAGAAUUCAAUUUCUAAUUUCUUCAGUGCAUCACUUAGAGGCUCAUCAUGAGACUCAUAAGAGAAGUGGCGCUUUGUGGACCUCAGCCUUUUUUGCUGAAGGACAGCCUCCACAUUCAUUUCUUCACAAAUGUCUUUGGCUGCCACAUGUGCUGUCACAAAGCCACUUGCUCUGUAGCUCUGAAGACCUUGCUCAGUCUUCUUCAAAAGACUCAGAGCUAUGUCCAAGUGCAUAUCUGGAGACUGCAUUAGUUUGCUGACAUGCUGUAUUGCAGACAGCAUGUCAUACCAAACAACCGUGCAGAUGUUGAAGCGGUACGACCCCACUUCCUCAGACAAAGACUGAGCCUCAUUCCUUAUUGCAGGGUCUUUGGUGUUGUCUCUCACCUCAAUUAAUGCAUCUCUCAUGGCAGCUCCAUGGUAUCUCAUGGGCUCAACGCUCUUGAUCCUGCUCUCCCACCUUGUUUCUGCCCACAUCUUUAAGGUGCUCACAUGAGUCUUCAGUAUGGCCCAUCUUUGGGUGGAGGCUGAAAACAAUGUGUAAAGCUUUUGCAGGACACCAAAGUAGCUUAGAGCAUCAACAGAGGCCUUAGCAGCAUCACAUACCACUAAAUUCAAUGUAUGUGCUCCACAUGGCACAAACAGAGCUCUUGGAUUCUUUUCUAAGAGCCUGGCUUGAACUCCCUUAUUUUUUCCUCUCAUGUUUGCCCCAUUGUCAUGAGACUGUCCUCUGCAGUCUUCAAAAGGAAUUCCCAACUCCUCAAGUCUUGUCAGUAUCAUGGAUGCCAAGUGCUGACCUGUGGACUCCUCUGCCUCCAAAAAUCCCAUAAAAUGUUCCCUGAUAUGGGGCUUCUCCAUCAGUGACACCACUCUAAUGACCACUGACAACUGUUCUGUGUGGCUUAUGUCUGGGGUGCAGUCAAGAAUAACUGAAAAAAACUUUGCCUGCUUAAUGUCAUCCACCAGAGCAGAUAUUAUUUUGCCACUCAACAAAUCAAUCAGCUCAUUCUGCACAUGAUGGCCAAGAUAGCUGUUGUGAUUUGCUGUUCCUCUUACAACACGGUCAAGGUGAUUUUUCAUACUGGGGUCAAACUUGGCCAUAAAUUAAACCUCCUUGAGAAAAUUACCAUUUGAUGGUGUGAACAGUGUUUCUGUGUGUCCCCUUAGAGCCAAAUUUCGGACUGCCAGUGACUGCACAAUAGCAGUCAGACGUGUCAGCACUGCCCUCCAUCUAACCCUCUCAGCCUCCAAAAGUGCCAUCUCCUGCUUAUCAAUGGUUUCCCCACUUCUUAACCUCACUGCCAGUUCCUUCCAUGCUUUCAUGCAAUUGAGGUGUUUUGGACUGUUUUCAUGAGAUGUGAGAUAAGUGCUUGCAUGUUUCCAAUUUGUCACCCCUGAACUUGUUAAACGAAUGUUCCUCUUGGAAAACAAUUUGCAGCAGAAGCAAAUAAGGCUAUUAUUCUCCAUGGAAUAUAUCAGCCAACUUCUUGCCAUUGUUUCACCACUAAUUAGUGUCUUUUUAAAAUAUUGGUGGUGGCAGCUUCUCCCAUCACUCUCAUUCCGACAGAAAACAAAGUCAGGUGGCACCUUACUGGGUCCUCUGCGAACCAGCUCAGUUCGAAUCCUGUCAGUCAAAGGUGAAGGCCACUUAGCAGGGUCAGUUGACAGAGGCUCAUCCUCAGCAGUGGGGCUGAGUGGGCGUUCAGCUUCAGGCAUUUCUAUCAGACAGCAUGGUAGCACAUUAGUCAGAGCACAUAGCAGUGGAACAUAACUCAUCAACUAAGAAAUGAUCAAAAAUAAUGUAUUAAAUUUACAUUAAAUUGCACUUGUCUUACCCUAGGCAUACCCCCUCUAAACAAACAUACACAGGCAGAGAGAGAGACAGACAGACCUGCAAACCCACCUGAAGGCUCAUGCUGGGGAGAAGUAGAAGUAGAGAGAGAUUUUUGUGGAGACGAAGUGGCUGUAGACAUAGAUAGUGGCUCAUCAUCAAGGGUUGAGACCAUUUCAGAAGAGGCCUGUGUAGCUGAUGAGGUAGAUGGUUGCUCCUCCUCAUCUUGUCUGGUGGGGGAGGUAGAUGGCACAUCCUGACCAGUGGCAGAGGCUCCAAAAUAUUUCAGAAGUGCCCCUGAAAUUACAAUUGAAAUAAUCAUCAAAAACACAGUAUGCAAUAUUCAAAUUAAAAUAAAACCUCCAUGAAUUGCACAUUUCAUAAACAUGCCCUUACAUGCUUAAUGUUUUAUAUCAGACUAAAGCAUGGUGAAACAAGGUGGAACAAUUAGCUUCUUAUUGUUUUAGUUAUGACUGGUUAAACUAGCUUUGUCACGAAAUGGAGUUGUAGCUAAAUGGCAUGGCAAAUGUAUGUUGAAAUAGGCUACCUAAUGUUAACUUACAGAUACAUUCUGUUAAUACAGGGCCCAACGUCAACCCAAAUGAUGGAAAUAAGUAAUAACUCAACUUGUAACAGUUGUCUUGCAAAGCACAAUCUAAUGGUGAAAUGAGAUCUCCUGUUUGUUGGGUGAAAACCGAAAUAGUAGGCUAUUGUUUUUAGCAAGAAGGCAAACUAAACGUUAUACAUAAGCCCUUUAUUUACGACAUGGAUAACGUAAUCUAAUCAUAUAGAAUAUUCUCACAUUGUAAUCAUAUAGAGAGAACUAGUUACUUACCUUUAUCUUUCGCUCGUUUCUCCUCAUCUUCUUUUCUUUUUUUCCUAAAUUGAGCACCUGAUGGCUUGGGCCGUUUUCUGUCCAUCUCUGCACUUAUUUGGCACUCGACAGUCAACAGAUUUCCCAUCCCCCAACACUGUCACUCAAGACCAGAAGUCAGGACUAAACCAACUCACCUGAUUGACCUCAUAAUCAAUUUUGUAUCACCUAUUUGUAUCCAUUUCAUGCAAUUCAGAAAAACACGAGUUGGCCUGUAUUUUUUUUUUUUUGAAAGACAGGAGAUGUGAUCUGAUUAUGCCUACUAAUUCCAUUACAGUAUAGUAAUAUACAGUGAAUCCCCCCCGCCCCCCUCCUUUCCGUUCCACUUGAGAGACCCAGAGGUGAACUGUCCCCCGCGACCCCCUCCCUGCUUCGUCUCAUACAGUCUGUCGGCCUUUGUGCAGCACCUUCGCAGCAAGCAGGGGCGCCUUUUGCAGCAGGGGGCGCCAAUUGACAAGAGUUAAUACAAAACCGCUUUGGGGCGCAGAUUUAUUUAUUUAUUUAUUUUUUACUUUUAUUUUUUAUUUUUUGGAAGUGCUCGUGCCACCCCCCAUACAAAUGCCGCCCCGGGCGGCUGCCCUGUUCGCCCAUGUUUAGAACUGCUACUGCCUAGCACCCCCGUCUGUCCAAAACCAUGUCCGUCCAGCUGUCCUUACACCUGUCUGUCCCUCUGUCCAAUAACUGUCAGAAUUUUUCUCCCACAAGUGGUGCUUUAAACCUUUCUCUAACUCAUUUUCUUUCUUCUCUUUGUCUUUUUGUCUCCUCCUGUAUUUGUGUCUUUGUCUCCAUGUGUCUGUGUCCUUGUCUCGUUUCUUUGUCUCUUCCUGUAUUUGUUUCCCUGUCUCCUUGUGUCUUUGUGUCCUUGUAUCUUUGUCUCUUCCUGUAUUUGUGUCUUUGUCUCCUUGCAUCUUUGUGUCCUUGUUUCUUUGUCGCUUCCUGUAUUCUUCUCUUUGUGUCACUGUCUUUUUGUGUCUUUGUCUCCUCCUGUCUUUGUCUCUUCGUUUCCUUGUCUCUUUCUGUCUUUGUCUUCUUUUUUGCCUUGUCUCUUUGUGUCUUUUUCUCUUUUAUCCUUGUCUUUUUGUGUCCUUGUCUCUUUCGAUCUUUGCCGCCCUGUCUUGUUGUCUCUUUUUGUCUUUGUCUCUUUGUGUCUUUGUGUCCUUGUCUCUUUGUGUCUUUGUCUCCUAGUCUCUUUGUGUCUUUGCCUCUUUCUUUCUUUGUCUUUUUGUGUCCUUUUUUCUUUGUUUCUUUGUCUCCUUGUUUUUUUGUCUCAUUGUUUCCUUGUCUUCCUGUGUCUUUGUCUCUAACCCCUUUUGUCUCUCGUCCCUAAGUCCCAGCUGUAUCCAGCCCGGUGAUCUUGAGUCUUCGUCCUCCAGUGAGGACUGUCUGUAUCUGAACGUCUUUGCUCCUGCUGCUCAGGUCAGUCCUCUUACUGUUUUUUUUUUAAUUGGUUUAUUUGUUGUUUUGUCUAAUUUGACUUGAAGUCCUGACUGUUUUUGUUUUUAAACAUUUUUUAAUUAUUCCAAAAAGCAUCCAUGAAAGUUUGAUUUUAUAGAAACUGUCUCAAACUUUCAUCAUUUUCAUCCAAAGUUGUUAUUCUGUAAAAUCUGGUUCACUACUGUGAGGCGGAUUGGACUGUAGUUUUAGUCUUUUAUUCACUGUUGGAGGUCAUGAUUCCAUCAGUUUAUCUACUUUGAUAAAAACUGAUGGACAUUAAUCUUGUGAAAUAAAUGCUCAUAAUAAUUCCACCUGUCUGUGUUGUUUUAUGUUUUAUAAUCGGACUUUAACAUUUAGUCCCUCAGAGUUUGACAUGGAUGUGUUUUUCAAAAGUUUUGGACUGUUGAGUCCUGAGUCCGGUUCUGUCAGGCCACCAAAUUAUUUUAAUAUAAUUAUUUUAAUGAUUUUAAUUUAAUUAUUUUAAUGAUUUAAACCUAAUGUUUAAAAAAUCAUUGAAGAAAGUCAGAAAAUAAAAACAAAAAAUUUAAGCGUUUUAAAUCAUCUGAAUUUAUAAUAAACUUAUGUGUGUGUUCAUGUAUGUGUUCCUGUGUGUUCAUGUGUGUUUGUGUGUGUGUGUGUUCAUGUGUGUGUGUGUGUGUGUGUGUGUGUGUGAUCGUGUGUGUGCUUAUGUGUGUGUGUAUUUUCAUGUGUGUGUUCCUGUAAUUAAUUAACAGAGGGGGCGUGUCCCAGUACUGGUAUUCUUCUUUAACCCUCCGGCCAAUCAGAGCCCAGGACUGUUGGAUGGCUCUGCCCUCGCUGCUGUGGGGAAUAUCGUCGUGGUAACAGCGAGUUACCGAACAGCGGCGUUGGGGUUCCUGAAUACAGGUGAUCUCCAGGUGAUAUUCACACAAUCGUACACACAAACAGCCGCUCAAAGUUCUUGCUCUGUAUGCAGGUUCCUCUGGUCUCCAUGGUAACUACGGUCUGUCAGACCAGGAGGCGGUGCUGCGCUGGGUUAACGCCCACAUCCCUCUGGUAGGCGGGGACAACAUGAGAGUGACGGUGGGGGCGGAGCGACGUGGAGCUGACAUCAGCAGCCUUCAUCUCCUCCUCUCCUCCUCCUUCUCCUCAUCUUCUCUGUUUCAGAGGAUGUUACUGAUGGUGAGAGAAACUGAUCUUCAUCAUCAUCAUCAUCAGAAGAGUCCUGCUGAGAAACCUGACUCAUGCGGUUCUGACUCAUUCCCCCAUGAAAACAUUUGGACCAUCAGGACCCCGAAAACCAGACUCUGCUCUCAGACCUCCACUCGAACCCUCGCCCUCCAUCUUUGAUCUUUUCACGUUUUCCUCCCACAGGGUGGCUCUGCAUUUUCACCAUCGCUGCUUCAGACUCUGCCCACCUCUAGAUGGCAGGCGCUCGAGCUGGCCAAAAAGCUGGGCUGUGUGACCUCUGACCCCGCUGACGAUGAUGAGAUGAUCACCUGCCUGAGAUCAACACCUGUGCACAUGCUCAACGCUGCUCAGACCAAGGUGGAGAUCUACACCUGAAAACUGAAUCUAAGAGAGGCGACCUAGGCUCACCUGUGUUUGUGUGUGUGUGUGUGUGUGUGUGUGCGUGUGUGUGUGCAGCUGUUGGCGGUCAGCGGUCCAUUCCAGGCCUGGUCUCCAGUCCGUCAGUCAGUCACUAACUCGUCUUUCCGUGGCGUUGACCUGCUGUUGGGAACUUCGGAGCAGGACGGUCUGAUAAGCCGUGCACGCAGGAUAAAGGUCAGAAGUCUCUUGAUGUCGCUGUUAUUGUUUGUUGGAGUCAUUUUCUCUUCUGGACCUCCUUCUUAUUCUUCUUCGUCCGUCUCUGUGAGUUCAGGACUUCGAGGCGCUCCAGGGCCGGGCAGAUGGUAAGACAGCGUUUUAUGAAGCUUUGAGUCGCUCGCUGGGCGGGGUGACAGGAAGUGAGCUGCUGAAGGAGGCAGCGUCCUGGUUCUACUCUCUGGAUCACAGUCCCUCAGCUGCUGGAUACAGCUUGUUCUCCAGAGCGCUCAACAACGCCACCAGGUGAGAGCCUGAAACACGGCAGGAGUUACCGACACUCUGAGACACUCAAGUUUAUUUUAGAGUUUGUUUUUUUUUUAAACUAAAACUGAAUUAUUUAGGAAUAAAACACUGAAGUAACAAAAACAAAAGAACAACAACGACAACAAUAGUCAUUAUAAUAAUGACAAUAACAAUAAUAAAGAUAAUACAAUAAUUCUAAUAAUAAAAAGAAGAAAAGUGAUAAUAAAAAUAAUUAUAAAAAUAAAUAUGAUCAUUAUAAUGAUUAUGAAAAUUAUGAUCAUAUUAAGUAAGGAGUGGGACCAUCAGUGACUGACUCAGGAAGAGUUAAUUAAAGUAUUUCUGCUGAACUCAGUAAAAAUUUACUUAAGUGUACUUUAAGGUCCAUCAGUCACAUCAUUGAAUUUUUCCACUUUUAGUUAACUUUUCUAUCCAUCAUUAAAAUCAAACAUUUGAAAGUUAGAACUACGUUUGACAAUUAUAAUUAAAAACCUAAAAUUCAGAGUGAUAUUUUAUAUUUUGAUGGACAUCAAAAAGGUUUUGUAACACUGAAAAUUUUAUAUUUAUUCACAUUUUGAUUUAAGCUAAAUUUAACAUUUUAAUCUAUAUCAAGGUUUAGCAUUCAGAUUAAUUAUUUAUACUUAAAUCAUAGUUAUAACAGUUAAAUCAGUUUUUAAGAUUUUAAAUAAAACUUUUUCUUCUAUACUUAACAUUUUAAUACAACACAUUGAAAUUUUGUGUAAAGUUUAAAUAUUUUACACUUGGAUUUAAUAUUCAAAUUUAAUACUGAAUAUUUGGAUUUAGCAAACAGAUUCAGCAUUAAGAAUUUGGAUCAAUAGUCAACAUUUUUCACCUUUAUUAUAUAUUCUGGUCUAUGUUUUAAAUUUUGUCCAUCUUUACUGAAGAUUUUCAAUUUCAAUCCAUUUCUAACCAUUUCAUUCAUCAUUCAACAUACAAUUGUGGCGAUUUGAAUUUAUAACAAAUGAAGAUUAAUAAUCUCAAAUUAUGACAUUUAUGCACUCAUUGAAAGGGGCACCACCCACCCUUAAUGGUGGGAAAAUAAAGAAAAACUAAAGUUUUAUUCAGAAAUCAAACAUCAAGUCAAUCUUUAAUUAAUCAAUCUCAUAUCUUAAGCUGAAAUUCUCAUUUCAGGGACUCCACUUCUGAAGAACACUAACAGACCAGAACUUAGAAAAAUAAUGAUCUGUUUAUUACAGGAUAAAUGAUGGUACAACAUACGUGCAAUAAAUGAUGAUAAGAUAAUGAGGAUAAAUAAUAAUAGGUGAAUAAAUAAAGAUUCUAAGUCAGGCUAGGAGCACCAAAGUUAAUGAUAGUGAGUGAAUAUGCUCUAACAUAUUAACCUACACUAACUUUGGUGUCGAGAUAAAUUUGGAUGUGGAUUUGGAGGAAUCUAAGAUUACCAGAAUAAGUGGAUAUCUGAGUUACGACUGCAUGAGACAGCAUCCGCCCUCUUUGGAGCUCUGGAGGUUUGCAUACUUAAGUGAGACUGAUCCUUGGAGAAGAUGGAGCAGGUUCCGAAGGUCCGGGGCUACCGGCGGUUCGAGCGGUUCAGCUCAGAAGAUGACUGAAGUCAGCCGAAGGAUGGGCCAGGAGUUGCAGCACUCGGGCCCAAAGCAAAGCCGGCGCCUGUGGAUCCUGUGGAUGCUCAUUUGGAUGCUUCUUUGGUCUCACUCAAAAACUCUGGCACAGAGGAUGACCUGGGCCUGCUGGGUUGCGUUCAGAGGUGACUUUGAAAUCACGCAGAUAACUCAGGAAAAAGAGGCUCAAUGACCAGUGGAAACUUUCAAAAAUGGCUUCUCGAAAUUAAAGAAAAAUCAAUUAAAGGUUUAAUCUUGAAUUGCUAUGCGCACAAAAAGUUGAAGUUUCAAAACUUGAACUAAGACGAUGUUAAAAAAAAAUCAACGUGAAUCAACCCAUGGCGUAAAACUUAGAAGACUAAGAAAAAGUGCUAAGAGUAAACGUAGAAGAGGAACACAGAAAGGUGUGGACAGUGAGUGAAGAAGAGAAUAAGGGCAACAAGAGAGUGAGCAACCCCACUUCACUGGUUUUAUCUUCUCACACUGGGAGUGUCUCUGGCUUGUGUGUGUGAGGAGAAAGAGGAGGGGUCGUGGGGUCUCCAGCUGCAGAGGAGACCUCGAAUCUCUGAUUAUUUGAUCUAACUUAUACUUUUGGCUGGUAAAAGAGUCAGAUCUCAUACCCACUCACUAUGAUUAAUAUCAUUGAAUGCUUGGUUUCAUGAUAAAUAAUUUGAUACUAAACACAUAUAAAGAAAUGUAGGAUCACAUCAAAAUUUUUCAUUAUGUUUUAAGUAUCACUCUAAACAUGCUAAAUUACUCUGAAAUGAAACAGAUAGUAACACAUAGAAACUGUGAACAACAAAAGAGUAAACACAUGUGAAUGAACGUCAUCAUGAUUAAUAAUGGAUUCUAAAUACUUACAUUCAGAAUAUUCAAUGACAUUAUAACCACCUAAUGGUUAAAAAUACUAAAUAAACAACUAAAAUAUAAACCAAACAUUUCUAAACCAUUUCUGUUACUUAGAGUAAAGUUUUGAUUCAUAGUCAAUAAAUUUAACUCUUAAAAGUUCAUGAAACAGUCUGAAAAGCUGUUGGUCUAAAGAAACUUAAGAAUAAGGAUUUAUUCUGUCAGAGUGAUAACUUGGCUCCUGGAGCACAUAGAAAAAUGAGAAACAUCUCAUUUUAACACAAAUACAUUGCUGAAUGCAUAAGAUGUCAUGAUCAGUCAUUUGUAUUCUUUCACCAAAGGAAUGCAGUUUUUUAUCAGAACAUGGUUGAGCAGGGUUUUACGACCGAGGUCUGGAGGUCAGUGUCCUGCUCCUCAGAGCUUAUCUUAGGGUCCGUAUGUUCACACACUUUAAGACGGUAAAUCUCAAAUGGGAGAUCUGGGUUGAGUUGUAAUGUUUAUUUAGAUGGUCAGUGAUGGAGUCAGUUUGAAAGGUAAUAAAAACUCUGUCUCUGUCCUCCGGAUUGACCAAUCAUGAAGAGUCAGAGGUUUGGUCAACCUCCGGUCGGGUGAGUUAGGUAACCUGAAAGUGCAAACAAGUCUGGAAAGAUUUAUAUCCUGUGUCCUGGGACCAGAUAAGAAAACUUUCCUGCGAGGAAUGUGUGAGUUUCACAUACAGGGUUGUCUUGAUUGCUACAUAAUCUGUAAUCUUUGGUCAAUAUUUAACAUCAAGAUUUGACUUUUAAAUUUCGGUUUUGUAUUCAUCUUUUUGCUUUAAUAAACAUUGAAAUUUCAGAUUUUAAUUUAACAUAUAUAUCGAUCAUUUAGAUCAUUCCAAAACAUCAACAUUUUUAUCUAUAUUUUAUGUUUUAAUUGUUGACAUUUGGGCUUACAAUCAAUAUUAAGAAUAGGCAUCGAGGUGUAACAUUAAACAACCAGGGUACGCAAUAGGCGGACCGCGGUCCACAUCCGGACCGGGGACUACCUCUUUGUGGACCCAGAGCAAAAGAAAAAAAAUCAACAACACGGCACGGCACUCUCUCUGACUGACUGACGCGAGGUUAGACUGGCCGAGAGAGAGAGAGCGUGUGUGUGUGUGUGACUGUGCGCGUGCUCACACUUGCAUUAUGGGCUGCCGUUCCCAUGACAACGAUGCGCUGAUUGGCUGAUAACUACACAAACCGGCAGUCACACAUCUUCCUCCUUCAGUCUGUCUUCUCUGCACGGCGCAGGCAGCAGUAAUGUCUUUGCAGCAGGACCGUUGCUCACGUCCAGCACCCGGCAUCAAAACGGCAAAUCAGAGAAAGACGGACACUGAAAAUCACUGAUUCACUGACGAAUGGACCGACAUAUGAUUAUCUUACCUCCUUCAAGCAUAAAGCCAAUGUGUCUUUUGUGCAAAGCACAGUUGCUCUGAUAAGUGAAAACAUAAAAUGCCAUUAUGGGAAGCAAUUUUGAUAGAGAUUGCCCCCCAAAAUCUGAGCUACAAACAGAUAAAAUAAAAAGCUUAUUUUACUUUAUUGAGUAAUACUAAGCAAGAAAGAAUAUCAGUGUGAUGCUGAAAAUGAAUGUUUUUGUGCCCUCCAAUAACUCCUGAUUAUUAAAGUACAGUACACCCAGCCUAAAACUAAAUAAAAACAUUAAAAAAAGGUAAAAAAAAAAAAAAAGCCAAUUUUUUUUGCCACCAUGCAUGCGCUGUGGACCUAUGACUUCCUCAAAAUGUAUUUUAUGGACCUUUUACAUUUCUAAUUGAGAACCCCUGUUAUACAAUAUGAUCAAUACAUUUUUAUCUUUAGCCUUUGUUUAAAACUUAACUCAAUAUUUAACAUUAACAUUGAAAUGUUACUCUUUGUUCUAAAUAUUAUGUUUUGUUUCCUUUUCAAAUAUGAAACUUUUCCAUUUGGGUGUAAAUUCUACAACAUUUCGUUGAUAGAUACAUCUAUUAUUAAUUUUACAUUUGGAUUUAAUGUUUUACUUUUGGUUUUAGCAAUGAUACUUAACUUGCACAGCCACAAUAAAUGAGACAAAGUUUACAAAUAUUUUGUAAAAUUUGUUUUAAAAAGUGAGAGAAAAAUUUACACUCAACAAAGUGAAAUGUCCCUUUAAAUGAAGCUGUUUUAUGUUUUUUAGGUAAAGGAAGUUCAAUAAAAUCAUGUGCAGGUUAAAAACAGAGAUGAAAACUAACUGUGACCUGAAAAAAGAGCUGUAUUAACAAUUUUAAAUGGCUUUUAUUCAGAGAUCUGUUCAUCAUCUGUCCCAGUCUGAAGAUGGCGAGCCACUGGGCUAACAGUAAAGCUAACGUCUUUUUGUACCACCUACCAUCCACCAGCGCCAGCAACAGGUACUGACUAUUUCCUGGAUCAUGUGGACUCUUCGCAGGAAGUUAUCUAUGUUUGAAAUUCACAUUAGAGGAGAAAAGAAAAACUGAUCCGUUUUCUGCCAUGAAAACGAAUCAAUUUGACUUAACGUGAUGACUCAGCUAAAACUGGUCUAGCGUGUUCACAUUCGGAGGUUAUCGACAUAAAUCUUUAUGGGUUUUUUUAGACCUUAUGUUCAAUCGAUGUUCUAAAGUCUUCUGUCACUAACAGGUGAAGAGUGUUAUGUUUUUUUCAUUCUCAUCAUUUCUGAAUAUUGAUUAUUGAUUUCUCACUGUCUGCAGGGCUGACGUGUCAGUUCCUCUGGACGUUCAGUUGGCGUUUGGGAUUCCUCAUCAUUCAAUCAGCUCUCAGCGUUUCACCUCUUCUGACCGCCGUCUCUCUCUGGCUGUCAUGAGCUACGUCUCCAGCUUCAUCCGCUCAGGGUCAGACUAAAAAUGACCUCUAAAUUAUCUUUAAAUGACCUUUGAAUAACCUCUAAAUGACCUCUAAUUAAUUGAUCAAUAAUUCGGUGAUAACCAUCAAAUAGUCAGCUGACAAAUUAAACAGCCAUGUUAAAUUCAACAUGUUGGUGUUUUUUUACCGCAGGAACCCGAACCCAUCACCUGUGUGGGCGGAGUCAGCUCUCCCUCGCUGGCAGCAGGUCCUGUCAUCUGAAGCCCCUCCUACCUACCUGCAGCUUAGCCCCACCCUCCAGCAUCAGCAGGGUCUGAGUCAGAAGGCGUGUUCGUUCUGGAAUAACCUUGGAACCAGACUGAGUGGUCUGAGCGGUGAGAGACCACAAGAGUUCUUAUCAUUUUUCUGAUGCUACAGGACGAAUCAUGAGAAAAUAAGUGUAAAAUCACAUUUCUGAGUAUUCCUUAUCUAGAUCACUGUGAAUCUCUGGCAGACACAAACAGCAGGAUAAGAUUCAGUAAGAUUUCCUACAUCACAAAUCCAAGCUCCGCCCCCAGAGCCUUGCUAUGCAGGUCACACUCUGAGUAAUAGAGACGAUGAUCACGGAACAAGUGUGUGCAUUAGAAGAUUUUAUUGCUCGUAAGAAAGCUUAUUAUAAUAUUAACUUUCAUCAUGUCGCUUAAGACAUUAGUGUCCGAGAGCUGAAUAAUCUGAUGUUACCUGCUUCUUCUACGACACCGGCAAUGUUAGGCUACAAGCUAGUGUGUCUUCGCUCAGGACUUAGAGGCAAAUUAUUAAUGAGCUAUUGGAGCUCUGCAGAAGAAAAGUCCUUAAAAAUGACACAAGAAAUGCGAUUUUGGCUAAAAACCUCGUAAUCACAGUUAAAAGACCACUGAAAACACUUCAAGUAGUAAACAUAAAAACGAUCGGAGUGGGACUUUAAGUGAACUUUAAUCUGAUUUUUAUGUUUCACUGGAUUAAAACUCGACCUUCUUUUUCUCUGUGACCUGUUUGAGAAGGUUGUUUUUGAUCUUAACUCUAACAACAGACUGGAUAAAUCCCAGUCCAGCAUCAGAUCCAAUGGGAGCACUGGAACAGCAUUUUAAAGGGUGUUAAUGAUCCAAUGACGUGGCAGCGCUGCUUUAGCUUGGUUUGACUGAAGAAUAUUCGUUAAACAACAGUUUAGUUUCUCAGGAACUUGGAUGAAAUUGUCGAGUAGAAACUGUAAUUGUGAUUCUGUGUCAUCAGUGUCUGACUUUAGAUACGGUUUAGAAAACCUAAAUUCUAAGAAAACCUAAAUACAAUAUAAGUGGCUGGCUCGCCACUUAUAUUGUAGAUUUCAUAGAUGCAAAGGUGCAAAAAUGAACUACUCGAAGACAGAGUCAAGUUGGCAAAUAAUCCCAAACAAUUUACACAGUCCAAUGACAUCAGUCGAUGUUCUUUUCUUCCUAUAAGUGUACUUCACAUUGGUGUCUGAGAGCCAACAACAUGACUUUUUCUGUUAACAUGUUUUGCCAUGUGUGACGACUUCAGGUCGACAUGACCUCCCUGGCCAUAUCCUACAUCAUGUUUUUGCAACAAACUGCAAAAACAGGCCACUAAGUCUGCUCUAUUGCGCAGACUUUCUUUGCUCAAAUCUAUUGUCUAUAUUUUCCCCUACAGCUAACAGUUUGGUUUCUCAGAAACAAGGAUGAACUUGUCGAGUAGAAACUGUGAUUGUGAUUCUGUGUCAUCAGUGUCUGACUUUAGAUAUGGGGCUCUAUUUUCGUGUACGCCGGUGAGGCGGAGGAGGGUGGCGGACCCCGCGCAGUUGUAUUUUCGUCUGGCGGAGCCCGGCGUACAGCCAGUUUGUUAUUUUCGUGAACUGAGGCGCACCGGGAUCCGCCAAGCUGGGCAUGGUGGCGUGGCAGGGGGAGGUGUCGACAGAAUCAGCUGCCGCAGUGACAUUUUCGUGCUCGGCACCGGCGUAUAAAGUGCACUGAAAGCUCGCAGAUUAAACCUGGUCAGCUUUCAGCGCAGGCGAAACGCAGCUGGUCUUGAUGUGAUUGUCUUUAUUUGUGGAAAAGGGUGUUUGUCUUACUUGUGGGUCCAACAUUACACAUACCAAAUCCAUCUGUGCUCAUAUGAGAGAGUGUGGAGGACACCCUCUGCAGUGACACUUGUUGAGAAGCUGCCUUCUGUCGCCAUCGUGUGGCAUUACUGUCUUCAGACAUCUCUUGAUCUCUUUGACUACUUCACGAAAAUAGUAAUACGCCUUGCUGGUGGCGGAUUUAAAGGCGAGGAGAGGAGCUGAUGUUAUUGGUCAAUACAGGUCGCGGCUGUGUUAAACCCACUCCACGUCCUCUCUCCUCCCUUGCUACGACUUACGCCGGGUUGCGCCUCUCACCAAAAUACCAAAUUGUGCUUGGGAACGCCUUGUCGGCGCGGCAGACCUCACUUAUGCCGCGCCUGCGGCACGUCUCCGGCGAGGCACGAAAAUAGAGCCCAUGGUGUUCCUCAGGGCAGUUUAUUAGGCCGCUUUCAAUCAGACAAAUAAAAAUAACUAAAUUCUUCUUGUCAGACCAAAAACUGAGCAGCAAAGAUGUGAAUCAGUUUAUUUCAGUCCAGCCUUCAAAGGUCAACCUCAUGUCACAGAUUUUGGAGUGAAGUUAAUCUGUGAUCUUUAUUUAUCAGACAGGUUAUCAAGGCUGCAAAAUUACUAUUUUUUAAUCCCAAAAUCAGAUCACAAUGAACCCAGACAGCAGAAACAUCUCUACAUGCUGUUAUCAUCACUCUGAUUUCUGCAGCUCUCUCUUUCCUGGGCUUUAAGUCUCAGCUGUCCAUAAGUCAGCACUUCUCAUAUCCCCAUCGUUCCUUUCUUUCAGGAGUUUCCAGAGUUUUAAACAACAGUUCAGGUGGAGCAGCUUUUAGAUUUAGAGCUUUGAGAAAUAUUAAUAAAUUUGUGUUUUUGUUUUAAACAAAAGGUGCUGUGUAAAUGAAGUGAUUAUGUUAUUUGUUUAAAUAAAGUGAUUCUGUUAUUAUCUGUGUAAUGAAGUGAUUUUAUUAUCUGUUUAAAUGAAGUGAUUUUGUUAUUAUCUGUUUAAAUAAAGUGAUGAUGUUAUUAUCUGUUUAAAUGAAGUGAUUAUGUUAUUAUCUUUGUAAAUGAAGUGAUUGUUAUCUGUUUAAAUGAAGUGAUUAUGUUAUUAUCUGUUUAAAUGAAGUGACUAUGUUAUUAUCUGUAUAAAUGAAGUGAUUAUGUUAUCUGUUUAAAUGAACUGAUUAUGUUAAUAUCUGUGUAAAUGAAGUUUUCAUGUCUCUUAUUAAUCAUCACUGACUCCUCUUCCUUCAGGUAACUUGGGCGCGGAGCCUGUUCAACCUGUACUGACCCUUGACCUCCCUGUGGCUGUUCCCUCCAGCCAAUCACAGACAGAGAAAGAUGCCUACAGUUGA